GCUAGAACAAACGCUGGAUUUAAGUGAGUGACGUACUGGGCUGCUGUUGACAAACCUUUUGGCAACGUGUGCAGACUGGAUGUGACCUACCUGAGAGAGAAGUCAAGUAUUUCAGCAAUACAGGAAUCUCCUGAAACCAAUGCAAAGGGCAGCAGCAACAGAAGAACAGAGAGAGGAAGGAAAUGUGUGGCAGUAUGCAAAUCUUGCUCCUCACAUUUGCCACGGGACUUUAGAGGAAGAGGUGGAGCAAGUUCACCAAAGCAGUUUAAAAGGCACAGGACUCGGUCCUCACUUUCAUCUUUCCCACACCAGAGCAGAGAUGGGCUCCUGGAUUUUUCUGGUGGCCCUCCUUGCUCCUUUAAGUAUCGCAGCUCCUCCAGACCCGUAAGUAAUCACGUCUGUGUGUAGCAUUUUCCUGCUUUGGAGUCAAAAGCCUGGUGGUGGCAAUUGCAAAAAACUAACUCAGGUGGUGGUCUAUUAGGCGCAGCCGUUUGGUGGUGGGCAGGUGUUCCUUAAAGAUGCAUGUUGAAUGCAGCAGUGGCAGAUGUAAUGUGGCAGCCCAGGAGGAUACAGCCUCCUGACACCAGCAUCUCUGCAGAAUACCUGGGGAAGCAUCAGUGGUGAGGUUGGGCUUGCACAGGUGCACAACCAUAAUUAAUCUAGGGCUUCUGAUGGUGUCAGCACCUUGCGAGCCCAAUACCAACCAGGUAAGCUACAGAGAUGGUGGCUUUGUUGUGCUCCUGAACCACACUGGCUCCUACUACUGACUAACUGGUACAGUGGUACCUCGAGUUAAGUACUUAAUUCGUUCCAGAGGUCCAUACUUAACCUGAAACUGUUCUUAACCUGAAGCACCACUUUAGCUAAUGGGGCCUCCUGCUGCUGCCGUGCUGCUGGAGCCUGAUUUCUGUUCUCAUCCUGAAGCAAAGUUCUUAACCUGAAGCACUAUUUCUGGGUUAGCGGAGUCUGUAACCUGAAGUGAAUGUAACCUGAAGCAUAUGUAACCCGAGGUACCACUGUAGUGCCUCAGAAUAGGACCCAUGAAUCUGUCUGUCUGCUUUAUUAUUAUUAUUAUUAUUAUUAUUAUUAUUUAUUAUUAGAGUGCGUAAGGCAUGUAAGUUGUAAAGUAAUCCUAUUUUUUAAGAAGUCAACUACAGAGCUUGGUUUGAAGGAGUUGCUUUCAUUGCUGCAAAGUGAAUACUUCAGUCUCCACCCUGAUUAACUAGGGCAGCAAGAGAUUGACAGCAAGAGACACAAAAGAGAGAGACAGCAGGAAUGGCAACGAAACACUGGUGUUACCGGUUCGUAACCCAGCCCAAUUUCUAGGGAAUGAAGAGGGUGAGGAACCACACAAAAAGACAAUGAAAAGCAGGAUAGAGAGAGGAAUCACAGGAAUGUAGAGUCGGAAGGGGCCUUGAGGGUCAUCUAGUCCAACCCCCUGCAAUGCAGAAAUCUCAACCAAAUCCAUACAUGACAAAUGACCAUCCAACCUCUGCUUGAAAACCUCCACAGAAGAGCAAAGGAUCCUGUUUCUUUAGCAGACAAAUCCAAAACAGGGCUAUACUAAUUCUAAAGUCCAUUGCUGCCACAGACGCAUGACGUUCCCAGCCAGUGUGGGGAGGGUCAAGAGAAUGGACACAGGAGACUGGUAUUGGGUUGAAUUAGGCCACAACUUUAUUGAUUUCUCCUGCCAACCUCAAAAGCACACCAGUGCAAGUAGAUAAAUAGGUACCGCUCCAGCGGGAAGGUAAACGGCCUUUCCGUGUGGUGCUCUGGUUCACCAGAAGCGGCUCAGUCAUGCUGGCCACAUGACCCGGAAGCUGUACGCCGGCUCCCUCGGCCAAUAAAGCGAGAUGAGCGCCACAACCCCAGAGUUGGUCAUGACUGGACCUAAUGGUCAGGGGUCCCUUUACCUUAUUGAUGACAGGACAGAGCAGGUUUGGCUAAGGCACUAGGCAUGCACCCAGCAUCCGGCAGUCGGCACACUGCCCGAUAGGAACUCAUUGGGGUCGACCCUCUGAUUGGAUGAGGUACAAUGGCCAAUUGGUCUCUGUGUGGACUCCCAGACAGAGUCACUCCUCCUGGACCCCUUUUAUGCGAUACCCCCGCAACGAAGGAUCCAGCCCAAUGCCUUAUCCGCCCAAGUUAUGACAGUUGCUAUGAGGUAGGUGAAAAUCUGCAAGCCGGCCAGUUUGCUUGCAGGAGAAAAUUCCUCCUUGGCCCUGAAUAUGGUGGCUGAGUAAACCACAGCAAGGUCCAUAUGCCAACUUGCCAGUUCCCUCACUGGCAGGGCCCUAACAGGCAGGCUGGGUGGGUGGAAAGUCCUGUGGCACUCAGCAAAGCUGUCGUCCUGCACCUGGGCACCAUUUUAAAUACAAGAGGGGCAGGUAGGACCCGGGAACCUGCUCCAAUUGGCCUUGAGGGUCAGGCCUGCCCGGAAUGGAGGGCCCAGUGUGGUUGGAAGUGGCUGGCACCAGGUGACUACCCCAUCUCCCAGAUGCGCCAGAAGAUGGAGCCCCCCCCCAGACCACCCACAGCUGUGCUGUGCAGCAAACGCCACUCACCCAGAGCCCUAGGUGAACAAAUACAGUGGUACCUCGGGUUAAGAACUUAAUUCGUUCCAGAGGUCUGUUCUUAACCUGAAACUGUUCUUAACCUGAAGCACCACUUUAGCUAAUGGGGGUCUCCCGCUGCUGCCGUGCCACCGGAGCACAAUUUCGAUUCUCAUCCUGAAGCAAAGUUUUUUACUCAUAACCAGGUUUGCUCCUGAGGGUCUCAUGAUGCUUGUCAAGCAUCAUUGUCUUGUGUGUGGGAUUCAGUCAAAUGCCAGUACAUUCGAGUUACGCAACUGAAGUUGGUUUGGCACUCUUGUGCAACAAACUCAAGAAAGCAAACAUUGCGCAAAGAAGGAAGAUGCGCUGGAAAGUGGGGUGGGGUGAACAAUUGCUUGAUGCACACGGUUCUCCAAUCUGAAAACCUACUCCACCAAGUUUUAUGGCGAGUCAUUCAGGGGGGAAUUCCACUUGGCACAUGUUCCACGGUAACUUUGGUUAAUAGUUUGCACAGAAAAUGACUGUUCACUUAUUGUCCUAUCUCCCAGGUUGUACCUGGGGUGGGGUAAGGAAUGGGUGUCAUGCUGCCAGGCUGCUGCACCCCUUUCCCACACAAAUGCUUCCCCAUAUGUCCUCCCUCCCCUGUUCCAUUUAGAAGGUCAAAUAAAUGUGACUUCGCCCCCUUUCAGCAAUAACUUCUGUCCACAGUGAGAGUGAUGGAAGUGGAUGCCAAGUAAAUACUCUGCCUUUCUGUCAUGACUGCAUAAAAGCUUGGGGGGGGGGGUGAACUAUGUGGAUAAAUAGAGUGGAUAUCAUUUUUUCCAUUUCAAAUUUACCAAUAAGAUCAUAUGCAUACACACAAUAAAACAACAACGAGACAAUACUAAAGGAAAAACAGAACACAUUGUCCUGUUUGUUUAGUCGUUUAGUCGUGUCCGACUCUUCGUGACCCCAUGGACCAGAGCACGCCAGGCACUCCUGUCUUCCACUGCCUCCCGCAGUUUGGUCAAACUCAUGCUGGCAGCUUCGAGAACACUGUCCAACCAUCUCAUCCUCUGUCGUCCCCUUCUCCUUGUGUCCUCCAUCUUUCCCAGCAUCAGGGUCUUUUCCAGGGAGUCUUCUCUUCUCAUGAGGUGGCCAAAGUAUUGGAGCCUCAGCUUCAGGAUCUGUCCUUCCAGUGAGCACUCAGGGCUGAUUUCCUUCAGAAUGGAUAGGUUUGAUCUUCUUGCAGUCCAUGGGACUCUCAAGAGUCUCCAAAUAUUCCAUUGCAAGGUAUAUUGUGAUGUAAAACAAUGAGCUGUUUCCCUUGAGCCAAUUUGACAGAUUUGGCUCUCCUUAAAGAUUUCUUUUUUGCUUAGAAUUUAGUCCCAAUUCUCUGCAUUGCUGGUUGCUUUCAAACUAUGUCCCUUGAUAGUGACUUGUUACUGACAAGCUGUACCCUUCUCUUUAUUGCAGGCAGUACAUCCUGAUCGUGCCUGCAGUAGUUCAGAGCAACACUACAAAUGAGGCUUGCGUGCAACUCCUCAACCUCAAUGAGACGGUCUCUGUGGAUGUUGUGCUGGAGUACAACGUGGACCGCUUUCCCCUUUGGGAAGGGACUGUGGAUGAAAAACACUUUUCCCAAUGUAUCAAUUUUUCGGUAAAGAACUCUUCAUUUUUUCUUGCAUCAUCCUGCAUUGCCAAACACGGAGAGAAAGGCCGGGGGAGGGAGUAGCAUGUAAAAAUGAAAUAAUAAUCAUAUCUUGUAACUGUUUUUCACCCCAUUUGGGAUGAAAGUUGCUGCAUAUGAAGGUGAUUGUUAAGGGUGAGUGGUGCUAUCUCUUCUGAUUUUUAGUGCCCCCAUAUGUAUGUACAUUUGUCCUAGUGGCAGAGACUAAGGCACGGGCAGGGACAUAGCCAGGGGGGCAGCUGCCCCCAAUCAAUAAAAAGCAAAACAAAUCUGAGGUUCUGCCGUCCCUAACAAAAGCCUGCCCCCCUUAACAAAAAUCCCAUGGCUACGCCCAUGGGCAGGGCAAGAUGUUUUGCAAGAAGUGAGUAUGAGGAACUGAGGCAGGCAGAGGAGUGAGAGAUGACAUUCUAGGCAGUGCCAGAAUUAUGUAUAAGGUAAACAAGCUAUAGCUUAGGGCCCCACUCUCUUGGGGUCCCCCCCAAAAAAAUUUAAAGGGAAAAAACUGAAUGUACUUUGAUAAAAUACAUAUUUUGUUAUGUGCAAAUGGCUUUAGAUACCUAUUAGGUCCUUAAAUUACCAUAUAACAUAUAUUCAACACAAAAAACAGUGGCAGUCUGUUGUUGACAAAGGACAGCUGGACAUAUAAAGGGCCCCAUUACCUUCAGUAGCUUAGGGCCUCAUCAAACCUAAAUCCGGCCCUGGUUCUAGGCCUAAUAGAAGAAAUAAAAACUGACAAAUCGCUGGGUCUGGAUGGCAUUCACUGGAGAGUUCUCAAAGGACUCAGAUGUGAAAAUGCUGAUCUUCUAACAAAAAUAUGUACCUUGCCCUCAGAUCAGCCUCCAUAUCUGAGGACUGAUAAAACCUUUUAUUUUUUUAAGGGUUCUAGGGGUGAUACUGGAGAUUACAGGCUGGUUAGAUUAACGUCUGUCCUGGAAAAACUGGUGGAAAAUAUUGUGAAAGCUAACAUAAUCAAAGAUAUAGAACAAGCCUCACUAAAGCAGAUCCAGCAUGGCUUCUGCAAGGAUAAGUCCCGUCUCCCUACAGGAAUUAAGGAGACAGGAGUUAGUUCUUUGUGAGAGUCAACAAGCAAUAUAGACUUUCAGAAAACUUUCAGAAAGGUUUCUCAUCAAACACUCAUGUGUAAGCUUAGCAGUCAUAGAAUAAGAAGAAAGGGCUUCUUGUGGAUCAGAAAUUGGUUAAGUAGCAGGAAGCAGAGAGUAGGAAUAAAUGGACAGUUCUCUGAAAGGAGAGCUGUAGAAAGUUUAGUUCUUCAAGAAUCUGUAUUCGGACCUUUGCUUUUUAACUUCUUAAUGAACAGUCUAGGGUUAGGAGUUCGCUGUGAAGUUUGCUGAUGAUACUAAAGUUUGCUGAUUAUACUGUCCACAUUUGCUGAUGAUACUAAAUUGUUCAGGGUUGUUAAAACAAAAGCAGAUUGUGAAGAGAUCCAAAAGGACCUCUCCAAACUCAGAGAAUGGGGAGUAGAAUGGCAAAUGCAAUUCAAUGUAAACCAGGGUAAAGGGAUAUAUUUCAGGGCAAAAAACCCCCUUAAUUUCACAUCUAUGCUCAUGGUCCAUGGGGUCACGAAGAGUCGGACACGACUAAACGACUAAACAACAACAACAUGCUCAUGAGGUCUGAACUAGCAGUGACUGAUCAGGAAUGAGACCUUUGGAGGUCAUAAAAGAUAGCUCAUUGAAGAUGUUGACCCAGUGUGUAGCAGCUGUGAAGAAGGCAAAUUCCAUGCUAAACCUCCCAAAUGAUGCCAUUGUACAACACUAUGGUGCAACUGUAUUUCAAAUAGUGGGUACAGUUCUGGUUGCCUCACCUUAAAAAGGAGAUUAUAGUGUUGGGAAAGGUUCAGUAGGAGGGGAUGGAACAGCUCAUCUUUGAGGAAAUGUUGCAGCAUUAGGGACUUUUUCGUUUUGAGAACAGGCAAGGAAGACGUGCCAUGAUAGAAGUGCGUAAAAAAUUAUGUGGCAUGGGAAAAGUGGGCAGUUUUACUCCCUCUCUCAUAACACUGGAAUUUGUGGGUCUCUAAGGAAGCUGAAUGUUGGAAGAUUCCAUACAGACAAAAGAAAGUGUUUAUUCAUGUAGACCAGUGGUUCUCAACCUGUGGGUCCCCAGAUGUUGUUGGACUACAACUCCCAUCAUCCCUGAGCUCUGGCCUUGCUAGCUAGGGGUGAUGGGAGUUGUAGUUCAACAACAUCUGGGGACCCACAGGUUGAGAAAGGCUGAUGAAAGGUUGAGAGGUUGAGAAACUAUCACAGGAGGCAAUUAUGGCCACCAGCAUAAAAGGUAAAGGGACCCCGGUCCAUUAGGUCCAGUCACGACCGAUUCUGGGGUUGCAGCACUCAUCUCGCUUUAUUGGCUGAGGGAGCCGGCGUACAGCUUCCGGGUCAUGUGGCCAGCAUGACUAAGCCGCUUCUGGCGAACCAGAGCAGCGCACAGAAACGCCAUUUACUUUCCCACUGGAGCGGUACCUAUUUAUCUACUUGCACUUUGAUGUGCUUUCGAACCGCUAGGUUGGCAGGAGCAGGGACAGAGCAACGGGAGCUCACUCAGUCACGGGGAUUCGAACCACCGACCUUCUGAUCGGCAAGCCCUAGGCUCUGUGGUUUAACCCACAGUGCCACCCACAUCCCUUUGGCCACCAGCAUAGAUGGCUUUAAAAUCCAUUUCAAAAAAUUCAUGGAGAAUAAUGCUACCAGUAGCUACUAGCUGUGUUCGCUAUGUUCUGCACCCACAGUCCAGUUUCUGGAAAACACAGGAGCAUAGAGUGCUUUUACGUUUGUGUUAUGUUUGUAGAGUUCCCACAGGCAUUUAUUUGGCCACUGACAGAAUAGGAUUGUUAACAGCUUUCAGAAAUCCUGAUACAAACAGGCCUAUUAACCUGAUGCACUUCUUGUCAAUUUCUAGAGUGAAAAGAUAAACGGAUCAGCUUUUAUUAACUCUUCCCCUCUUGACUAUUUUCUCACACACAGGUUCCUCCUGCCGAUUCUAAUCCACUAGCUUACAUAGUUUUUUCAGCUAAAGGCGCCUUGAUCAGCUUCCAUGAAAGGAGGUCUGUGGCUGUUCGAAACAUAAGUACACUUGUCUUUGUCCAGACAGAUAAACCGGUCUACAAACCCGACCAGAAAGGUGAGUUCAGCAUGCAUUGUAAAUCCCUGCAACUACCUCUCAGAGAACUGAAGAAUUUCCUUCACUGAGCCAACAAGUAGGGUUGCCACCUGUCCCUAGAAAAAUGGGAACACCCCAUUUUUGGACAAAAGUGUCCCCUGUCCCAUUUGGACUUCCAACAGGACACCUUCAGCUGGCCCCAAAUGGCGGUUGUGUCGCCCCCUCCUUCCUUCCCUCUCACUGGGGCUCCCCCUUAGCCACCACCCACUAGUCUAGCAUGGUGUGGGUCUGCUGCUGCUUGGCCAUCUCUACCACACUGACCAGACGUCUCUUCCGCCCUCCUCCUCCUCCACACUCAAGUCUCUUUUGACGCCAACAUAGGCAAGAGGCUGGAGCUACAGGUCAAGUUGCCCAUGGGAGCUGGCUGUCUGCCCCUGGUCCCUGCCCAUCUUACGUGAAUUGAGGGGAACAGUGGGGCCAGGGGGGUGAGGGAGGUGGGAGGCUGAAUGCGGGGAAACCCCUUCACAAAAGGUUGUGCAAAAUGCACAACCACAAUUUCUAAAGCAUCUGCAUUUGUUGUCCCAUCCCCCCACUUUAGGGCGUGCUUAGGUAUGGUGCUUUGAGGUGCUAAUACAGUAUGGCCAUUUCCGACCUAAGGAGGAAGUGGUGUUGCGGGCUUCAUGCCCCCACCAAGCUUGCAGGGGCUGGCUCUUAGCCUCCGUGCGAUUAGGGGAAUCCUCGGCUGCGUCAUCCCCUGGCCAGCCAAUCGGCUGGCUCCGGGGGUGUGGCCUGCACUAGUUAAUGCAGGCCGCUCAGUGGCUCCGGUUUCCCGCCCGCCUGCCCUUCAAGGUUUUCCUUCUGACCUUGUUAUGGACCUCGGUUGUUUGCCUUUAAGGGGCCUGGUAGGAAUUUCUUCCACUUGGCAAAUUGGCACCAGCCACUUGGUUUCUCGCCUACCUCGUAGCAAAUCGUCACAACUUCCUCGGCAUUGGCGGUUAGGCACUGGUAUGGGUAUUGUUAUGUGGAUGGAAGGGGGGAAGAAGCGCCAUCACCUCCCCCGCAUAUUGAAGGGUAGUCCCAUAAAGGAUUCCGGGGGCGUGGCCCUGUCAGAAGCCUAUGGAGGUGAGGGCCUAAGGCACGCCCCCGAGCUGUGACCCCUGGGGGAGUGCCUAGUUGAUGUGUAUCAGCAGGGCUCCCCCUGCUGGUGUUAACCCUUCCCGGUCUUCAUGCAAACAGGCUGAAGCCGGAUAGUCGGUUAGGACCAAUGCCUAAGCCAAUACCGCUCAUCACCUGUAACCAAUAAAGUUGCGGGCAAUUUUAGCCCAUUAAUCGAAUAUAACAGUGUCGUGUGUCUUUAUUCCUACUGGGGGGAGAUGGGAACUCGCCACGCAAAUGAUAGCAUACACAUAAUAUUAAAGAUGAUGGCUUUAUGAGCUCAGUUGACAAUUCUAUAUUUACUUUUGAGACUGGCAAAUCCUGGAUACUUUCAACUUAGUUAAUUACCAAAUAAAGUUCCACUAAUCACUAGAAUGUUACAUCGCUCAUGGAUGUAAACAUGAGCGAAAAGUCUGUAGAAAUGUGAUUUUGAACCAACCGUAUUUUUAAAAAGAGUAAAUGGGUUUAUUUCCUCUCCCCUCUUUUUAGUGAUGUUUAGAGUUGUUUCAAUGGAUAAAGAUUUCAAGCCAGUGAACGAAAUGGUGAGUGUAGCUGCAACUCAAAAGGUUUCCAAGGAACUCUGAUGUUUUAAAAAUAAAAAAUCGUUCUGUUGCCCUUCAAAUGCAUUGUUGACCUUUUUCUUUCUUUCUUUCUUUUCCAGUAUCCUGCAAUCUACAUCCAGGUAAGAGCUACACCAAGCUAUUUAAAGCUUUUUGCCUGCUGCCUUGAUUCAAAGAACUGGCCUCUCAAUUGCAGCAAAUCCCAAGCACCAGGGCUUUAUACUUACUGGCUAAUGGGCAAUAAUGCUGAGCAUGAAACGUAACAUAAAACAUGUUUCUAGAGUUACCGUAUUUUUUGCUCUAUAGGACACACUUUUCCCCCUCCAAAAAUUAAGGGGAAAUGUGUGUGCAUCCUAUGGAGCGAAUGCAGGCUCCUUGGCUUCAGCGAUAGCAACGCGAAGCCUCCGAAGUGCAGAGGGAGCACUACCUUCACGCUCCGGGGGCUUCAGGUUGCCUUCACUGAAGCCAGGAGAGCGAGAGGGGUCAGUGCGCACCAACCCCUCUUGCUCUCCAGGCUUCAGGGAUAGCCGCCUUAAGCCUUCGGAGCGCAGUGCGAGUUCCUGCUGCGUUCCGGAGGCUUCAGGUUCCUUUCGUUGAAGCCAGGAGAGUCUUGCUCUCCCGGCUUCAGCAAAAGGAACCCGAAGCCUGUGGAGCGCAGCGGGAACUCGCGCUGCUGUCCGAAAGCUUCAGGGAUCUUUGAGGCUGGCGGUGGGGGAAAGCAGCGUUUCCCCCCACUGCCAGCCCCACAAGCUUGGGGGACAGCGGGAAGGCUGUGCGCAGCCAUUCCGCUGUUCCCCAACCUGCUCUUUGGGGCUGGCGGUGGGGGAAAGCAGUGCUUCCCCCUGCCAGCCCCAAAGAGCAGGUCAAAAGGAACCCAAAGCCUCCGUAGCCCAGCGGGAACUCCCGCCGCGCUCCUGAGGCUUCGGGUUGCCUUCACUGAAGCCUGGAGACUGAGAGGGGUCAGUGCACAGUGGCCCCUCUCACUCUCCAGGCUUCCAAGGUAGCCGCCUGAAGCCUCCAGAGCGCAGCGGGAACUCCCGCUGCGCUCCGAAGGCUUCAGGUGAAUGCACCUUGAAUGCACAGAAUGCAACUUGUUUUAGAGGGGGAAAACCAGAUAAAAAAUUCUCCCCCUCUCUGUGCAGCGCCCCCUCAGUGAAGCGGCAGGAGAAAUGGAGCCCUUCCGUUUCUCCUGCCGCUUCACUGAAGGGGCGCUGAGCAGAGAGGGGAGAAUUUUUUUCUCUGGUUCUCCCCCUCUAAAACAAGGUGCGUCCUAUGGUUGGGUGCGUCCUAUGGUUGGGUGCGUCCUAUAGAGCGAAAAAUACGGUAAAUGGACUGACUCAACCUAAGCUCACUCCUUUUGCCUUUUCUUUUCUUUUCUUUAUUUUUUUGAGGGCCCUUGUAGGUAUUUUUGUGUUCAGGAAACUAAUACUUCUGCAGAGGAAUGAUGGCCCCAGAGUGAAUUUCCUUAGCUGGAACUGGGGGUGGGUUACUCUUAAUUCUGGUUCAUGUCACUUUCACAUGUAUUCAGAAUUCCUAUUCAUGUCGCCUUUGCAUAUUUUAUUUUUCACUGAACAGUGGCUAGAAGGUGGCUAGAAAUGCCAGCACAUAUGACAUUCUGCCUUUAAACAAACAAACAAACAAACAAACAAAAAAGCCCUAUGGUUCUUCUGGAUAGUUAAUUUGAUCUAUCUAUUAUGUAAUUCACAUUGACAAUGCCAAGGGUACCAUUUCCCCACGUCUGAGGUGCAUAAAGGCCAAACUAAUCUUUACUAAUCUAUUGCUCUUUGUUCAGAAUAUACAGCUUCUAUCCCUUUAAGGAAAGGUUGUCCUAUAUCCAUCAUCUCCAAAUUUUUCUUCAUAAAAUGCCAAGAGAUGUUAUCAAAUGCUUUUUCUGCAUCAAUAAAUAUUAAUGCAGCUUGCUUAUCAUUCCUGGUCUUGAUAUAUUCUAUUAUAUCAAGUAUAUUUCUCACAUUAUCUUUCAUUUGUUGACCAGGAGGAAGCCCACUUGAUCUUUGUGUAUCUCCUCCAUUAAAAUUUCCUUCAACCUGUCCGCUAGAAUACUGGCAAAUAGUUUGUAAUCAUUAUUUAGCAAUAAUAUUGGUCUGUAAUUUUUAACUUGUAAUAAAUCUGUAUCUUGUUUUGGAAUUAAAGUAAUAUAUGCCUCCUUUCAUGUCAACAGAAUCUUUCCUUUCAUCAAAAUAUUAUUCAUAACAACUCUUAAAUUACAGUAUAUUGAGCAUAUCCUUUGCAAAAAUGGCCUUUAUGCAGGCUAUAUAUAUAUUCCAGGAAAUGAUGACUGGCUUGGUGAAAACCUUAAGCAACUUUUUAUGGUAUAGGCAGUUUGGUGCUCUGUCCGGCCUUGCAGUCCUUUAUGAUCUUUUACUGAAGAUAUCCAAUGCUGAUGGAUUGCUAGCAAGGCAUUCCAGUUGACAAUGACUAAAUGUUGAUAAGGCAUAGAGAUUCAUAAACUGAAUCUCACUGACCCAACUCCAUUAAAGCUGGUCUCAUAGAUUGAAGAAAAUAUUGUAGAAAAUGGCAUGGUUUAUCUCUUGCUGCUUUCCCAGGAUCCUCAAGGAAAUCGGAUUGCUCAGUGGCUGAAUCAAACACCUUCCUUUGGCAUCCUCCAAUUAGAAUGCGUAAUAACUACAGGAGCAUUGUUGGGAUCCUACCAAAUCGUUGUUGAGAAUCCACCAAACUAUAAUACCCAUCACUGGUUCACUAUGGAAGAAUAUGGUGAGUACCACUGUGAAGCUUAUCUGCUUUAGAAAUCUGAUUUGGUAUUAGUGGCAGCAUUUUGGUGCAUGGAUAAAAUAACCUACCCAAAACUUUCUAUAGCUACUUUUUCAUAGAACCUAAGUCUAUGAGCAUCUGAUUUUUGAAGUUUGGCAGAGAAAAUGAAAACAUGUAUACGAAAAAAUGAGCAGAGUGUUUAAGUGAUAUAACAGGACCCCUAACAAGUUUCAGAUGCGUCUAUAAAUGAUAGGAGGAAGUCACUGACCAGUAGACCAACUGCAAGGCCGCUAGCAGCUUAUUAUAUGGCUGUGCAUGAAAUUUCUCCUGCCAUCCCAUAAGCAGGUGAAAAAAGGAAUAGCUCUGAUCCCUCCAUACCUUCAUAUAAUACAUUUCUGUUCCAAAACCAUGAUUCCAAAAUCAUCAAUCUUGUUUGUUUCUUUUUCAUCAUAAUCUAUUGGGGUUUUUUAAUGUUGGUCAAGAUACACUUUUAAGUCAUUUGUAUCCUUGUUUAUUUUUGCCCUCCGAAUAAUUCCUCCUCAUGUCUAAGCAGUUGUCUCAAAGGGACCACCUUCCUCGUUAUGCCAUAUAUCCAAUCUGUUACUUGGCCUGACUAGACUUUCUUAAUCACAUUUGUUAUAUAUUUUUUUCAGUGUUGCCAAAGUUCAAGAUGGACAUCAAAACACCAGACAGGAUCUCUGCUUUCGAUGAAGAAUUCCAAGUAUACGUCAGUGCUCAGUAAGUUUAUGAGGUAGAGCAAGUGUAUGUGGAAAUUUGCAUUUCAGCAUCUUGAAAUUUGGAGGGGGAAAGGAUACUAUUUUGUCCCACAAUCCCAAUGGAAACAGGUAGUUGGAACUGAGGCUGAACUGUAUCAACUUGUCCAGGGCUGAUCCUGAUUUCUGCCUUGACUGGAGUCUAAGGGGAACUUUGGGCGCUGCCUAGGGAAGAAGCAUUUUCAAAGUGGGGAUCAGGGUUCUGUUAUAUUCCACCUUGCUCUGAAAGGUAGCACAUACUGGCCACAACAAAGACUUUGGUUUCAUCCAGGCUUACUUUUGCCCUGCAGCUUCCCCCAAGAAAAUCCAAUAUUUACUGCUGAUGGGUUUUGCCUGGAUUGACAUCUGCUGUGAAUUAUCGCUCAAGAGUGGGUUUUCCUGGGGAAAGCACUGGGGCAAGGAUAAAACCGCUCAGACUCUUGCCUAGAAAGCAUGAGACAAGCGGAAAACCAUCAGCACAAGACAAGCACAUGUCUGGAUGAGCCCUUGGAGAAUGUGAGGUAAUCUCCUACAGCAGCACUGAGAUGUUUCUGGGCAAUACUAGGUCCCCACCCCCCAUUCACACACACACAAACUACACAUGUUUCUCAAAGCAAAGAAGCCAUAUUUGCAAAUGUCUGGAAUGCAUUGUGGAAUUCCGAGUCUUGCUGGCGUGAAAUCCAGUUAUUCCAAAUGGCUCCCUGUCAAAUGUAGGCUUGCCUGAAGUCAGUCACUUAACCUGUGACUAGACUGAGACUUGCAGCAUGAUCUGAAUUGUUCUUUCUCUCAACUGAUUUAAUUUAUGUUUUGUCCUGUUAGUUAUACAUUUGGCCAACCUGUUCAAGGGACAGUCCAGAUCAGAGUGUGCAGACAUCGCUAUUACGAUCCAAGAUGUAAUCGAGAUUCCAAUGGGAUUUGUGAAGCUGUUAGUGCUCAGGUAACAGGAAAAUCGGUCCUCCGGGCCACUGUAGAAUGUUUUCAGGCAAAAACCCAAAGCAGGCUGCUUUUGAAAUUUUAUCAGGGUAUAUUUGGAGACACUCUAAAGAACUGAAUGUUUUCUCCUACUUUAUUCAUUAGGGUUGCAUGUUUUGGGCUUUAUGGUUCAUCAGAAAUGUUACUCCUCACCUGCUUCAAACUUGUGUAGUGUUGUUACUGACUUUUUUGCAGAUAGAUGUUGUGGGAGUAUUAGAGAUGGUAUCAGAAAGUAUGUAGUUCCUCAUGCUUCCCUGAGUGUGUUGGCCGAAUGAAGCCCACAGUGCCACAGGACUGAACUGUUAGUUGUUUAGCCCAAGUAGACUCAUCAUGGAAUACCAGUCUUAUCACACAGCUUGAUGGCCAGCUUCAGGGUGUGCAAAAGUGGGAUUCACUAGCAAACUUUAGGCCCAUCAUUUGAUGAGAGUCUCAGCCAGGGCCAGCCUGCUUAUGAGGUGGACUGAGGAAGCCACCUCGGGCAGCAGAAUCACAAGGGGUGGCACACCUAUGGGAGUUACCGCCAGAGAAGCAAGGAGAAGAAGUGCUGGCUUCUGGUGAGAUCUCACAAAUUCUUGCUGCUGUUGCUACUUCUCCUAUGGCAAGGGGUGUCUGUCUGUCUGUCUGUCUGCCUGCCUGCCUGCCUGCCGCCACAGCCACAGCCACAGCAGCUGAAGAAACAAUGAGAAGCAGUUGCAGCUUCCUGGUUCUGGUGAGAUUUUGUGGAGCUCCUGCAAGAUUUCACUAUGUGCUGGACCCGGGGGUUAACCAGAGCAAUGCGGUCCAGUCCCGAAUCCAAGGAUUUCGCGAGGAGUCAGUCCGACAGGGCCAAGGCAGGACACAAGGCAGGAAACUAGGCUAGGUCAGGCACAGGGUCUCAGGCAGGUUCUAGCAAACAGCAAUGUUGCUCCCGCUACCUGGGGAAGGGUCCGACAGCCUUUUAUCUUUGUCGGGGUAACAGCCGGUAUUACCGAUCCCCUGCUGACUCACCUCCCUGUCUCGCCCAAAGGUGAGCACUCCUCCUGCAAGUACUCAGGUCUCUCCUUCUCUCAGACCUUAGUCUCUGCAGCUCGGGAGACAUCGGUGGGUUACUAGACCCAGAGGCCACCUCAGCCUCUCCUGACCCAAUUGGUAGUGGAGCAGCUGUAAGUGAUGGCCCAGCUGAAGGCAACGAGGUACUCCCAGCAUCUGGAGCUAGGGCAGGCUCAGGCCCCUGACUCGGCCCAGCUGGUGCUUGUUGCAGGGGAACCUGUGCAGACUGGGGCUCUUCAAAAUCAGGCCCCAGACUUGGUUCAGAUGCCGCCUGAGGCAAAGGAUCCGGUGCAGACUGAGACUCCACUGGUUCUGAGCCCGAGUCUGAGUCCCAGGCCAUCACACACUAGAAGCCAGAAGCUAUAGCCACACAACCCAGUGAGGUGCAGGCAGUGUGGUCACAGCACUUUCCUGUUUCACUUAGGCAGCAAAACGAGUCAGGCUGCCAGUCAAUUUGCCCUUGUCUGACUAUAUAUUUUGUUUUGGUACUGCUUUAAAAAGCUGGUUCGGUAGUGUGCUUGUCCUGAUAAAGUUUGAAGAAAAUGUUCAACCCUAUAUUGUAUACAUUCAGGCUGCAGUCCUAUAACUUGCUUGUCUUGGCGCAAGUAUUGUUGAAGUGAGUAGGGCUUACUUUCUCCAAUGAAAAUAGGGACAUCUUAAGGAAAAGCAGGACAUUCCAGGAUCAAAUCUUCUGUAAAUCUGGGACAGUUCCUGGAAAAUAAGGACACUGGUGCAAGCGUUGCAGCUUACUGAACAGAACAAUCCCUCUCUCCUCCCCUCCCCUGCUGCCCUGUUCUGGGGGUUGUCCCAAUUCUUCCAACUACGGAAAGGGAAGAGCUGGGGGAAGCCUUGUUGUGCAAGUAGCAAUCUCCUGACAUGGGUCAUUAGGAGAACCCACUCCCAAGGACUUAGAGUGAAUCAUCCCAAGAAACAAAGGGUUUCAGUAUGCUCAUGACUUAUCCUAUCUUUCCCUUUGAUACAGCCACUAAUGCCCUCUGACAGAGGUGGGCAGUAUAUAAGCCUGUAAGCCUGAUUCUUCUAGAUAAAGCCAAGGAAUAAUUUUCCUGGGCCAUGUAAAGAACAGUCAGCACUGUUUUACACUGAAGAAUUUGGGAUCCAUUGUAACUGGAGGAAGGGACUUUCCCAACACUGAAAAGCAAUUUGUUUCUUUACAGGUGAUCAUUCUUUCUCAGUUGCUGUGCAACUUACCAUUCAUUAGUCCCCAAUUUGAUCUUGUUUAUGUUCGGGCUUGGUUCAGAAAUGUAUCACUACUCCUUCUAUUAUGUGGUUGUCUGGUUCUGUCCCAUUUACAAGCUAUUACUUCUGUUCCGUUCCCCCACUCCCUCUCAUACAUGUGUUCGUAGCAACUUAGACUUUUUCAUACUUCCAGUGAGCAGCCACUGAUCACAAAAGCCUAUACUGAAAUAGUUCUAAUUCUUCAGCAUACUUUUUGAUUGCUUUGCUGCAGCAGACUAACAUGACAACCCCCAGGGAAGUUCCACAUACCUUCCACACUUUUAUCGUAAUUUUCUUUCCUUUUUCAGCUGGACAAAGAUGGCAGCGUUUCCAAAACGAUCAGCACCAAAGCAUUCCGCCUUUACGCAAACAUGCAUACGCAGCGUUAUUUUUAUGUGUCGCUCCAUGCAGAGGCAGUCGUCACAGAGAAGGGAACAGGUAACUGUUUUAUAAUGCGGCACAACAGAAUAGGAAGGGGGAGCUUUGAAAAUCUUACUCUGAGAAUUGGCCUCUCUGGGCACCAUAUUCAGCACCUGAGUACUCCAGAUAUCUAUAUAAUCUAGCUUCUUUUACAGAUUCUUUUAUGCAUUUAUGUAUCUGACAGGCAUCCAGAUUUCAAAGUCUGACUACAUCUCCGUCUAUCAAGCAAGAAAAACCAUCAUAUUGGAGAAUGUAGAUCCAUAUUAUAGAAGAGGGAUCCCUUUGACUGGACAGGUAGGACAAUGGGGAUGAUCUCUGUGAGGAACAAAAUUCUAAAAUGUGUAUUUUAAGGGGGGACAAAUUAUGUGGGGUGGUUGUUUUCAAGUAGCAGAUUAAUGCAGAGACAAGAUGGAAUGGAAAAAGACAUGGACGAGAAACAGACUAAUUGUUCCAUCCCUGGCUCUCUGCCACAACGGGUGCUACCACUUAGUUGCAUCAGUCCAAGUGCUAAGCACUGUUCCUAAACAUUUUGCACCUGCAUUUUCCUGUCCCACACCCAGAUGAAGGUGAAUGACGAGGAUGGAGCACCACUGCCAAACGGGCUUAUUUUUCUAGAGUUUGACGGCGAGGUUGUGGCCAACUACACUACGGACAACAAUGGCAGUGCCCAGUUUUCCAUACCAACUUGUCACCUCUUUGAACCUCGCUACAAAUUGAGAGUAAGUCGCUGAAAACUGAGGUGGGUGGUGGUGGUUGAUAUGACCAAGUGGGAAACUGCCCUUUACUGGUAGCUCAGGUGGGUCAAGCCCUCAUAACCUACUGAUUCCUCUUUUUAAAAAAUAUUUUUUAUUGAUUUUAACAUAUAAAUUAUAAAAUGUACUACAAAACUUAUCACUUAUACAAUCUUUUUUUAAAAAAAUAAUAUUUAUUAUUUUUCCAAAGACACUAAAAAGAAAGAAAGAAAGAAAAACAAAAACAAUACAAUACAACACAUCAAAUUAACAAAACAAGACAAAGACAAUAAAAUAAAUCAAACAAUUUCAUUAUCCCAUCUUUCAUUCACUUAUUUCCACGACCUCCUCACACCUCCCUUUUUGUAUUCCACUUCUGUUAAUUAUUUCAGCAAUUCCUUUCCAUCUUCCUCUGUUUUCUAUCCUAUAAUUAUCUUAACUCAUUCCAUUCUUGCCAUACUUUUCCUUUAAUUUUCUAUUAAUCUAUUUAUACUUAAUUCCUUAUGACAUUUCUGCUAAAGCCAUAUAAUUUCAUUCCAACAUUUUUCUAACAUUCCUUAAUUUUACAAUAUUUCUAUAAAUAGUCUUUAAACUUUUUCCAAUCUUCUUCCACCGACUCUUCCCCCUGGUCUCGGAUCUUGCCAGUCCUUUCUGCCAAUUCCAUAUACUUAUACAAUCUUUUUAGACUUCCAUCAGCACCUCUGAUGAUCCACCGUUUUAACCACUUCUUUUGCAUUUCUUAACUUUAUAUUGCCUUUACAUCUCUUAACAAAUCAUCCUUCCCCUUCUCCAUUUUUGCAAUACUUCCAAUAAUACUCCUCACAAAACUUCUUGCAAGCCUACAAACGUCAUCUGAUCUUCACAAAUACUUUUCAAAUAGUCCGUAAAUUUACUCCAGUCUUCCGUGAAUUUCUGGUCCCGCCGGUUUCGAAUCCUUCCUGUUAGUUUAUCUAGUUCUGCAUAGUCCAGUAACUUCAUCCUCCAUUCUUCAAUCAUCGGUAAUUCUUCUUGCUUCCAUUUUUGGGCCAGUAAUAUUCUUGCUGCUGUUAUUGCAUAUAAAAAGAGCUUACAUUCCUUUCUAUUUAUAUCACUCCCCACAAUGCCCAGUAAAAAUGCUUCUGGUUUCUUUAUAAAUGUAUAUUUCAACAUUUUUUUCAUCUCAUUAUAUAUCAUCUCCCAGAAGCAUUUCACCUUUUUACAUUCCCACCACAUGUGAUAAAAUGUUCCCUCCUUUUCUUUAUAACCUACUGAUUCCUCAACCUUCCUUUACCGUCCACCAGAGACAUGCAUUACAGCCCAAUCUGUGGAGUCAUCCAGGGGAAUGAUCAAACAACUCCUUUUGGGAAACCCUUCCAGAGGCAUCACCCUUCUGUGGAAUGUUCUAUUACUGGUAUAUUUUACUUUCUUUUGCACCUUUCUCUCAUCAGGCUAUCUAUGAACCAGAUCAGUGCACUGAGUAUGGCUGGCUGGAAACCUACAAGCCAGAAGCUGUUCAUUACGUCCAGCGCUACUUCUCCCGGACCAACAGCUUUGUGAAGAUAGAACCGGUGCUGCGUGAACUGCUGUGUGACAAACAGGAAGCAAUCUCCGUGCACUACAUCCUGAACAAAGUUCAAAAUGAGGAAUUGCCCUCCAACGUUCACUUCUACUAUCUAGUAAGUGCAGAAAGGCCAAGUGGCUUUGCCACGACCUUCCUCUUAGCUUUUAACCCUCACUGAGGGUUGAAUGAGUACGGAACCACCCGCAACACCUCUGUCCACGUGGUGGUGGGAGUUGCAAACUGAGCACCAUCACAUCGCUAAUCUGAUUUCUAUUCUGAAGUGCUUAAAAUGCCUCCAAGUGGAGUACAAAGAAAAAAUAAGCAGGUCCCGGACAAAAUGCCCUGCAAAUAUACUUGACCCAUACCCUGUAGUGGAGCCAUGACAGAAAUAAUAAUAGUAAUAAUAAUAAUAAUAAUAAUAAUAAUAAUACAGUCAUACCUUGGGUUACAGCGGCUUAAGGUUGCGUUUUUUCAGGUUAUGGACUGCCGAAACCCAGAAGUACUGCAACAGGUUCCUUCCGGGUUUUGGCAGUCACGCAUGUGCAGAAGCGCCAAAUCGUGCUUUGCGCUUGCGCAGACGCAGGUUGCAAACGCUGCGGGUUGCGAACGUGCAUCCCACAUGGAUCACGUUCGCAAUCCGAGCAUCCACUGUAAUAAUAAUAAUAUUAUUAUUUAUACCCCACCCAUCUGGCUGGUUCCCCCAGGCACUCUGGGUGGCUUCCAACAGGAUAUUAAAAAUACAAUAAAACAUCAAACAUUAAAAACUUCCCUAAACAGGACUGCCUUCAGAUGUCUUCUAAAAGUCAGAUAGUUGUUUAUUUCCUUGACAUCUGAUGGGAGGGCGUUCCACAGGGCGGGCAGCACUACCGAGAAGGCCCUCUGCCUGGUUCCCUGUAACCUCACUUCUCCUAGUGAGCGAACCACCAGAAGGCCCUCGGAGCUGGAUCUCAGUGUUUCUAGGGAAAUUAUUUAUGCCUUGAUUUCUUUUUUGCGUACAGAUUAUGACGAAUGGUAGAAUUGUUGAUGGAGGUGAACAGCUAGUCAGCAUUAAGGGUAAGUGGUCCAAUUCUGCUCAUUGAUUGUGGAGAAAUGAAGGUAUUUGGCAGUCAUGGAGAAACAAUCAGCAGACCUGUAGAAUGAUUCCUAGCAUGACCUUUCUCUUAAAAAGGAAUUCCAUUUAUAAAUCCUAAGUCACAGGCUGGAUCUACACAGAUAUUAAAAAAUGCUAUAAAAAUAUACAACUCCCAGUGUAAUUUUCCAUUGACUUUGGAUUGCUGCUCUACAGUGCCAUCUGGCGUUAUAUUUAUAGAAUGCAUUUUUAACGUUAUAAAUUGACCAGUGUAGCUGAGUCCACAGAGUGACUGAUUGUCACUUAGUCCAGUGGAUAUAAUAAUUAUUUGAUUUAGCAUGAAUUUGGAUAUUCUUCUUUGAUUGAGCCAUCAGAGGAAUUUCAAGGAAAAUAUAGAGUUACAGUAAACUAGUAACACUUCUUCUCCACAUCCCUAGCUGUCAUGGACCUGAAUUAAUUCUUGAUCAGCUUUUCUGUGGUGUGUAAACCAGCAAGGUUCCAUCUGAGGGGAGACAGCAAGACCACCAAUGGCAAGGUCCUGGUGGGGCUUCCGUCUUAAUUUUGUACGCGACAGUCAACAUUAGCUCAUCAGCUUCUCUUGACCUCUUUCCUUGACUCCUUUAAUUUCAUGUUUUUCCUCACAGCUGGACAAUAUAGCAGAUUCUCAAUCCCACUGAUGAUUGACCAAAAAGCAGCUCCCAGAGCAAGGCUGCUGGUUUACACUCUGCAUCCUCAUGGCGAGCUGAUCGCUGAUAGCAUCUCUUUUGAAGUUGAAAAGUGCUUCAGAAACAAGGUAAGAGCUGAUCAGUCUGUUCCCCACUCAGAGUAAAGGGUGUUUUCUAUUCCUAACUCUGUUUAUGCUGACAAGGAGUACAAAAGUCAAAUAGGAAAGGUUCAUUGCAAGUGGAAUGGUUGGCAUGUCUUAUGGAUGGCUGAAAAUAAGCUAAAAAGUAGCAAUGUAUCUUGCCUAAUCCAUGUACCUUUUGCACGAUUUAAAAUGCUAAUGAGUCAUUGAUGGCUUGUACCUAAUCUGAGAAGAGCUCAUGCCAUGUUAUAAAGUAGUGAACUAUGGUCAUACGGUCCUGACAUUAUAGCAUUGAGUUUAGCCCAAAGUUUGGCUCGUGAGAUCAAGUCAAAGGCCGCCUUCAGGUCAAUAAAAGCUGCGUAUAGAAUCCCACGUGUUUUGUUGACAUAUUUGUCAAUGAGGUGUGCUAAUACGAAGCAAUGGUCUAUUGUUUGUCUGCCCUGUCUGAAGCCGGCUUGCUCCUCUGCCAGAACUGCCUCAGUUUCCAUCCAGUCAAUUAGUUUGAUGUGGAGGUGUUUGGCAUACAAUUUGCUGGGGAUAGUAAGGAGGCUAAUGGGUCUAUAGCUCGCUGGAUCUGCCAUAGGACCCUUUUUGUAGAUUGGGAUGAUUACUGCCUCUGUCCAGCAACCAGGGAUUAUGUUUGUCCUUUGAUGCUAUGGCCUGUUGGCUACGCAAAUAAAGUCCUUGUUGUUGUUGUCCUGACAUUAUAUGCUGUGCUAAUUGCCAUAGCUGUCAACCAUUUCUUAUUUGGUGGGAAAGUCCCUUAUUCCAGCCCCGUGUCCCGCUGCUGUCCCUUAUUGAUGAUGUCCCUUAAAUUUCCCGAGUUUCAAAGGAAGCAGGUCCUCUCCCUCCCUCCCUGCCGGUCAGGGAGGAGGGAGGCUCCAACUGUGUUGCUUGGCUGAAUUGCUCACCCAAUAAGGAGUCGAAGAAUGACUGGGGGGUGGAGCUUGCAUGCCUUGUGCAGAUCAAAAUGGCCAUGUUGCCUGGGGACUCACCUUUGCUCAGCGCUUCCCAGCGGAGAGGUGACGGUGGUUUUCCUUGCUGCAUCCCCUUUGCCGGGUUGCUGUGCUGUGGGAACCAUCGCUUGAGGCUUCCUUUGGCUGCUGGCUGGGCUUUCUGCCUUUGGCUCGGAGGGGCUCAGAAGUCGAACAUACCUGUGCUCUGAAAAUCCCUUAUUUUGGCUGCUGAUCCCUUAUUUCCAAGGCAGCUGGUCCCUUAUUUUCAAAUCCGUAAGUUGACAGCUAUGGCUAAUUGCCAGGGAAUAUAUACAGUAGCUGUUAAGUAGGCAUUCACAACAGACAGAAUAGCUAUGGGUGGAGACUGUACCACAAUAACUUCUGAGAUGAUCCCCUGACAGAUAUCUGACAUCUCCAUUCAAUUCCAGGUCAGCCUGCAGUUCUCUCAGAAAGAAGCACUGCCAGCCUCAGGAAUUGGCCUUAACCUCAAAGCUGCCGGCAACUCAUUCUGUGCCUUGCGGGCUGUGGAUAAGAGCGUUCUGCUUCUGAGGCCUGGAGAAGAUCUGACUCCUGAGAGUGUGAGUCCUGGAUUUUUGAUGCACCUUCAAUCCAGAGCCAUCCCAAGUAUUAGGUCUCCUUUCAGUGGUCCCACCACUGAAAGCCACCAUCUAUAGAAAUGAGCACAGAAUCAGGUUGUCUACUCCUCUGGCACCAGAAAUCCUCCCCUUGUGUUGUAUUCAGAAGUAUAACUCUGUGGGAAACCCGUAAAGACCCACUUGUAUUUUGGUCUUCUUUAUCCUGAGUUGUUCUGUUCUAGACAUAUUUUUUAAAGAUAUGGGUUACAGAAACCUUCAGAACUCUGUGUGAGCAUGAGAAGGAGAAGGUACAAAGAGAGAACCUUGAAGAAUGAUUUUUUUAAAUGCAGCCUGUUUAUGAUUUUGAGGAGGUUUAGCUAAUAAUACCAAAUUCCUUUGUGGCUUAUAGAGACCGUUACCUGAAACCAAGAACAGAACAGGCAUGUUAUCUUUCCCCACUGGAAACUGGGAAGCAAGAGUCUCCUUAAUGUGGCCAAGUACCAAUUUUUUCUAGAAAUUUCUGUUCAUUGAUCUUCUCGAGGGCAGCCCAUACAUUUUCCUUGACACACCUGCAGCAGGAUGGCAUUUUCUGCAAAUGUUUUUCUAAGAAAAGAACAGUAAUGAUAACCAUAAUUGCUUAUGAAGCUAUUCAGUUCUGCAGGGAAUGAGAAAAAGACUAUUACAACCAAAUCUUAGUGAAUACGCCUGCAUGAAAUUUCUUUGACUCCUCAUCCCAGCUGUGGGAUAUAGGAAAAGGUGCAAUAUUCUACUGUGCACUGAAAAAUAUUAAUUAAAUAGGUCUUGCUAAUAAAAAGCUUUGACUACGUUGUGUUCCAGGCAUGCUCCAUCUGCUGAAGAAAAAUCAGAAGGAAUAGAUUUCUACUCAUAUAUUAAGCCAAUAAAGGGCACGAAGAAUAAGAAUGAUUUUACCUAUAAAUCUUCUGCAUCUCCAUAACUGGAAAUCCCAUCUUGAUGUUUGCUUGUAGAUAUCACUGCUCGGUGCUUUUUUUCUAAAAAAAAAAUGUUUAGGGGCAUUCUCAUUUUCCUACUCAUAUUGAAAUACUGCCCCUCAAUGAGGCCAAACUUACAUUCACAAAAUGUUUAGAGGUAUGCGUACCCCAGGGGAAAAAAGCACUGCCACUGCUCAUGUAAGGCAGGCUUUUAUGCUCCUCCAGGUCUCAUCUGUGUUCAUUAUUCAUUUCUCACCAGAUGUACUCUCGCCUUCCUUAUCGAGAACUUUAUGGCUAUUAUUUUAAUGGGUUGAACCUUGAAGAUACCCCUAAAGAGCCAUGCGUUGAGCUGAAAAAUACUUUCUUUGAUGGCCAAUUCUACAUACCUGUGAAUGUGACUGAUGACGGCAAUGUCUAUGACGUUUUCAGGGUAUGUUUGUCUCUAUGCUUAUAUUGGGACUGCCACUGCUGCUUUUGGGGAAGGCAACCUGUACAGUGGUACCUCGCAAGACGAAUGCCUCGCAAGACAAAAAACUCGCUAGACGAAAGGGUUUUUUGUUUUUUGAGCUGCUUCGCAAGACGAUUUUCCCUAUGGGCUUGCUUCGCAAGAUGGAAACGUCUUGCAAGUUUGUUUCCUUUUCUUAACACCGUUAAUACAGUUGUGACUUGACUUCGAGGAGCAACUCAUAGAACGCGGUGUGGUAGCCUUUUUGAGGUUUUUAAAGACUUUGGUGAUUUUUGAAGCUUUUCCAAAACUUUCCCGACACCGUGCUUCGCAAGACGAAAAAAAUCGCAAGACGACAAAACUCGCAGAACGAAUUAAUUUCGUCUUGCGAGGCACCACUGUAUAUGGCUAGUACUGGAAACUAGUUAUGAUCUAGAGCAGAGCUGAGCAUGAGUGGUGCUCUUUUAAGGUAAAGAUCCCCAGCGGGUGGCGCUGUGGGUUAAAUCACAGAGCCUAGGACUUGCCGAUCAGAAGGUCAGCGGUUCGAAUCCCCACGAUGGGGUGAGCUCCCAUUGCUCGGUCCCUGCUCCUGCCCACCUAGCAGUUUGAAAGCACGUCAAAGUGCAAGAAGAUAAAUAGGUACCGCUCUGGCGGGAAGGUAAACAGCGUUUCCGUGCGCUGCUCUGGUUCACCAGAAGCAACUUAGUCCUGCUGGCCACAUGACCCGGAAGCUGUACGCCUGUUCCCUCGGCCAAUAAAGCGAGAUGAGCGCCACAACCCCAGAGUCGGCCACAACUGGACCUAAUGGUCAGGGGUCCCUUUACCUUUACCUUUAAAGGUCCCCUGGACGGUUAAGUCCAGUCAAAGGCGACUAUGGGGUUGCGGCGCUCAUCUCACUUUCAGGCCAAAGGAAUCAGUAUUUGUCCACAGACAGCUUUCUGGAUCAUGUGGCCAGCAUGACUAAACCACUUCUAGAGCAACGGGGCACCGUGACGGAAACCAGAGCGCACAGAAACGCUGUUUACCUUCCCAUCGCAUCGCUUCCUAUUUAUCUACUUGCACUGGCGUGCUUUUGAACUGCUAGGUUGGCAGGAGCUGGGACUGAGCAAUGGGAGCUCACCCUGUCACGGGGAUUUGAACUGCCGACCUUCCAAUCGGCAAGCCCAAAGGCUCAGUGGUUCAGACCACAGCGCCACCCAUGGAUCGCCCUUGUAUUAUAGAUACCUCUUCCUGAAAUAGAUGGAUUCAGUUUUCAUGAGCAAAUGACUGUAGCAAUGUAAUCAACACUGGUCAUCUAACGGCACUUUACCCUCUUAAGCCCAGUUAGUAAGUUAUAAAAGUAUGUGAAGAACCAGUGAGGUGGCCUGAAGUAUGUGUGCUACUCUGGAUAAAUAAUUCACCUCACCUAGAAAGAACCAUAUUAUCAACGAGAAGGUCUUAGAAAGUGUGGUAGGUUUGGUUGUCUAAAGAAAUCAGUUAAACAGCAUUUUAUCUAUUCCUUUUAAGAACUUAGGUCUCAAGGUUUUCACCAACUCUACACUACAAAAGCCCGUUGUAUGCCAAAGUGACUUUGAAUGCAAGAAGAUUUCAUCUGAUUAUCCUGAGGAUGAACCUCGUAUUAUGGAAGAAGGUUGGAGAAGGACUUAUUGAAAUGUUUUAAGGGUGAUGGGCUGUUUUAGGCUGAUUGUUUCGAUCCAUUUCACAUGCAAAGCCAAACAGACAAUUCAUAUGUUCCUUUCAGGUGAAGGCCUUUCUAUGGUCUUUCUCAGUGCAGAUGGUGUCAUGCUAGCACAUUGCAAGGCAUAAAAUAAGAUUCAGCCUCCCUCCAAAGUUUUAUUUUUUUUAAAAAAAGAAAAUGUUUAGACUCGCUAUUAAUUAGCAAAACCAUAGUGAUAUUAUUAUGGUAUUCCCCUUAUUAGUUUUACCCACACUGAGAUCAAACUAGAUGUUUCGUUUGGCCUUAUAUGUGGCUUCGUUUUCUUUUUAAUGAACAGUCAACCCCAAUGGAAGCUUUUGUCCCAUUGUGAGCAGCCGGCAUUAGGAUUGUGGGAUUACAACUGAGAUCAGGGCGAGAGCAAAGUCUUAAUGCCUCCUUCCUCUCAUGCCACGAUCUCAGUCUAGUUCAGGGGACAGGACCCCACCACACUGGUAAUUUGUUUAAAAGUCCACCUCAUGUGACAAAUGUCACUUCUCAUUUGGCAGCAACAGACAUAGGAGCCACAGAGUUUCUGAUAAAGGUAAAAAAAUGUAGAGGAAUCCCUUGUUGAAGGCUAUCACUAUUUCCCAGAUUUAGAAAUGCUGACAUCUUAUUUUGCAUAAUGGCAGCGGUAGUGUGCCAUGUUGAUGUACCAUGACCCUUGGAGCUGGCAAAAGGAGGUUAUUCAUAGUUUCAACAUCAUUCCUGCUUGAUGUCCUUUUAAUGUGAAGCAUUAAUUUCACCAUUAAACCCUAAACCUCUUCAGUACUGUUUCUGUUAUAGAAGCCAAACUCCCUUUUCUCUCAUCAUCUUGUCCUUUCUUUGUUUUUCAGGCGGAGUUGCUUUUAGUGCUGCAGCUGGGGGUACAAGCACAUUGAGAACAUACUUUCCUGAAACAUUCUUUUGGCAGCUGCUUUGGGUUGAGUGAGUCUUUCUACUAUUCUAUCUUGUUAUUUUCAUUUUCAUUUUCUGGAUUCUGUUUAAGAGUCCUUGUGUGAAAAAAAAGUUGAGAGAAUUAUUAGAACCUCAUUUAGCUGGAUAAUCCUUUCUUCAUUAUGGUUUUUAUUUUUAGAUAUUUGGGCAACUUGUGGGAAUAUUUGUAUGGGAUAUUUACUGUAUAAAUUUGGGAGCUGCUACUGAUAGCAAUAGCUUUCAGUGGAAAAUCCAUCCACAAUAUUUUUAUUUUAGUAUAUAAAGAUAUUUGGGACAUAUGCAUACUCUUAAAUGGUAUGGAGCUUAUAUUAGUAACAAAUUUAAUUGUAGACAUAGAUCCAUGCGAAAAGAGUCUACAAUUUUGUCCUCUUAUGCUUCAGUUCUAGUGGGAAAGCCAAUCUCUCAUACACCGUGCCUGACACCAUCACUGAAUGGCAAGCCAAUGCAUUCUGUAUGAACGACAACAUUGGGUUUGGCCUCUCAGGAAUUGCCUCCCUGAGAGCUUUUCAGCCAUUCUUUGUUGAGCCAGCUAUGCCCUACUCCACUAUCCGAGGGGAAGUAUUCCUUUUUAAAGGCAAUGUCUUCAAUUUCCAGGACGACUGCAUUGAGGUACGUUCUUCUGUCUCCAGUUAGUGCUCUUAAAACCUAAUACAGGGUAUGAAGUGCAGGUGGGUUCUCAUGAGGCAAGACACAGCGAUAACAGCAAGAACCUUUAUUGAACUACAUAACUGGGAAACAGUUUCCUGAGAGCCAGUGUGGUGUAGUGGUUAAGAGCGGUGGACUCGUAAUCUGGUGAACCGGGUUCACUUCCCCGCUCGUCCACAGGCAGCUGCUGGGUGACCUUGGGUUAGUCACACUUCUCUGAAGUGUCUCAGCCCCACUCACAUCACAGAGUGUUUGUUGUGGGGGAGGAGGAAGGGAAAGGAGAAUGUUAGCCGCUUUGAGACUCCUUUGGGUAGUGAUAAAGCGAGAUAUCAAAUCCAAACUACUCCUCCUCCUCCUCCUCUUCUUCUUCUUCUUCUUCUUCUUCUUCUUCUUCUUCUUCUUCCUGGGCCACUCCCAUUCCCAACAUGAUUGGGUGUCUAAACUUCCAAGCUGCAAAUCACAACUCAGAGUUCAAGGGCCGGUCGCAGAGGCCCAAAUCCAGAAUGCUUAGACCAGACUCAAGCUCAGGCAAACACAGACCACUGAAUACAUAACAGGGUAGCAAAACACAGAAGUGGAACACAUUACAGAAACCCUAUCCCUGCAGGCAAAUUUUAUUUUUUUUAAACUUGCUUUAGCUGCUAUUAUGACUUGGCAUCUUACAUAAUUUAGGAGAGCUGGAACUGAAGAAUCCACAAUCCUUUACUCAUCAUUCACUUUCCUUGGGUGCUUUCCUGUUCUAUCUGUGAGCAGGACCUCAGAGGGCAAGAGGAAAGUCUAAAGAGAGAGGGCCAAUCUAGCUAAAAUGCAGCCAGUCAUUCAGGCAGGGCAAAUACGUAUUUGCCGCGUAGUGUACCUGACUCCAGGAAGUCAGUAUGUUGCCUGCCCUGGAUGGGGCUGCACUCUCCCUAAAGAAGCAGGUGAGUAGCCUGGCGGUGCUCCUAGAUCUAGCGCCAUCACUGGAGACUCAGACGUCCUUGGUCACUAGGGGUGCCUUUUACAAGAUUCAGCUGUAAGACAGUUACAGUCGUUCCUGGAUUGUGAUCAUCUGAGCUCUUGACAUUUUCUGGUCCAGGAAUGCAAGUUGCAAGAGUAGGAAAAAUGCCUUGUAAUCAGUGCUGGAUUACCAAAUAGGUCAGAGUAGGUACCAGCCUAUGGGGCCCCCACCACCACCUUUUAUAGGGGCCCUGUGACAAUGGAUCAAAAUAUUAUCAUCAUCAUCAUUUUAUUUGUAUGGCGCCUUUCCAUAGUUGAAACUAUGCUGAAGGCGGCUUACAACAUGAUAAGAUUUACAUAAUUACAAACAUAACAGAAGUCAUAAACAAUAAAUAAAACACAUCAAAAAGUACACAACCAAAUGGAAACAAUUUCCACGUAAAUCAUAAGAUCUAAAACUAAAGAUACAACAACAAUAUCAAUAACAGCAACAGCUCUCUCAACCCUGCGUAAACAAUACUCCAGCCCAAGAAUCUGUUCAACAGCCUCAGCUUUUGUAGCUGGAGUCAGUCAGCACUCCACUCUCCCAGGCCAGAUUUGAUCUUGAUAGAAAAUGACAAUCAAGCUUUCUUAGUUCAAUGUUAUUCCUCUAGAUAAUUUGUGAGGGGUGUGUGUGUCAAGAUUUCAAUUGCCAUGGGGACUUCACAGGGUGAAAUCCGGUACUGCUUGUAAUUUGCUCCCAAGUCAAGAUAGCAGUUGUACAUUCUAGGUUUUAAUUGGCACUUGACAGCUCCUUAUUUUAUAUUGUUACACACCACCCCAGUCUCCAAGUGGUGUGUGAUUCCAGGAAGAGACUGUGUGCCUUGCUGAUGGCCUUUGUGAUGCGCCAUUACCCUAUCUUUUGCGUUCUCUUAAUGGUCCAUCUCUUCAGAUGAUUAUUUCAUCAGGAAGCCAGCCUGGCUUUUUUAAAAAAAACAACAACAACAUGUCUUAUAUUUUAACAUACUAAAUUCAGUGUCUGCCACCCCAGAAGUAGAAGGGCAGCCCAGGCGACUCCACAAACUUACAACACUAUUGUCAUUGUUUUCCCUGCUCUCAGAUAGAUGUUAAGCUGGAAGAGUCUCAGGAUUUCAAAGCAGAAAAGCUGUCUCCAGGGAACAACUCCGUAAGAAUCUGUGCGAAUGAAACACAAUCCUACACGUGGAGAAUUACCCCUCAAAGACUGGGUAAUCAUCUUCUCUUGCAGAAUUUUGCAAUUUUAGCUUUCCUCUGAAUUUCUUGAAUUUCUCCCCAAAUUGCAACUUAGAAAAAUAAAUAAAUGUAUUUUUAAUGAAAUGAAAUGAUAAAUGAAACUGGAAACCCUGAUAAUCCUUAUGGCUUCGAGCAAGAAACAAGCUGCUACUGUUUACUGCUAGGAAUGCCCUAUGUACAUUAUAAAUGAUUUGUAUAUUAGUUAUCUAAAACAUGCAACAUACAAGGGAAUAUAUAUGCUGCUCUUCUUGCUUCAGUGCCAUGGCGGUGACAAUUUGGACUUUACAUGUAAGUUUGUGGGUUUUUUGUCAGUUAUUUUUUAUUGAUUUUUCAUACUUUUUAACAAAUGUCACCAGAUUAAUACAAAUUAAAUACAAAGAUUUGAGGAGUGAGGUUUAUUACCCCUCUAUUAUUGUCAAUGCCGGGUCACUCAACCACACUCAACUGUGUCCUUUCUUUUAGUAGAUGAAGAUGAUCAGGUGACAGCAAAAACUGCAAGGUUUUUAGCAGGGGCAAUUCAAAUAAGAUCUAUUAUUUCAUGGUUGAUGCAAAUCUCCAAAAUGUAUUUUGUAUUGUUAAGUUUUUACCUCUAUCUUCAGUACAUUUUAUUUUAUUGCUAUGGCUAGUGGCUGGUGCAAAUAAAGAUUCUUCUGAUUCUGAAUACAAAUUUAAAAGCUGGCCGAUAUGUAAGUUUUCUUUCCAUUCCUUCUUUCAGGUAUGGUGAAUUUCAGUAUCACUGCUGAAGCCAAAGGAACUGAGCUGAGCGCAGGACGAAGGGACACCGUGAUCAAGCCGCUUUUGGUUGAGGUAAGCAUGAAAACCUUGGCAUCUGCAAGAGAUGGAAAAGGGUUUUGUGGACCAUAGUGGUGCACAUUAGCAACCAGUGUCAUUUAGUGGUGGAGAGGUUGGAGUUGGAGCUGCAAAGGUUUACAGGCAAGAGGACUGGCUUGGAUUCAUUUGUGCAGCCCUGACUUCACUCCUGCCCUGCCCUGUAAGGCUUAGAUCUCUCUCUCACACACACGAGACGACUCUGGAAGUUAAUUACUUCAGAUUUAUUAGUCAAAUAAAAACGUCCCAGUCGGAGCUCAGCUAAUCUCCGUCCUCCUCAGAUAGCACAGUUGCCAGAACUGAGCUCCGCCCCCUUUCCCCACAAUAGGAAAACCUCCACCUUCUCUUCCUGUCCUUUUCGUGCUUCUUGGCCAGUCUCGUGAUUCAACGAGAUUUUGGAGAGAGUGCUCCCUGUACUCCUGUAUCUGUGUCACUGUCUGAGCUGACAACUUGCAUUCUUUCCCUGUGUCCAGAGAUCAAGUUACGGCUGCUCCCUGCUGCUGCUCCCUCCCCUCUGCAUUCCACGCUUAUCUGAUUUCAUUCUAUGCCUACGUUCUCAUUCCCUCUCAGUGAAGGAGCAUCGCUGACAUCCCCCAUCCAUCAUCAUCAUCAUCAUAAGGGGACGCAGGUGGCGCUGUGGUCUAAACCACUGAGCCUCUUGGGCUUGCCGAUCAGAAGGUCAGCGGUUCGAAUCCCUGCGAUGGGGUGAGCUCCCGUUGCUCUGUCCCAGCUCCUGCCAACCUAGCAGCUCAAAAGCACGCCAGUGCAAGUAGAUAAAUAGGUACUGUUGCGGUGGGAAGGUAAACGGCGUUUCCAUGCGCUCUGGCUUCCAUUAUGGUGUUCCGUUACGCCAGAAGCGGUUUAGUCCUGCUGGACUGUGGACCAACACCAGCUCCCUCGGCCUGAAAGCAACCCCAUAGUUGCCUUUGACUGGACUUAACCGUCCAGGGGUCCUUUUUUACCUCAUCAUCAUCAUCAUCAUUUCAUUUGUAUGCCGCCUUUCCACAGUUAAAAUAAUGCUCAAGGCAGCUCACAAUAUGAAAAGAUUUACAUAAUUGCAAACAGAGCAAAGUAGUCAUAAAAAUCAAUAAAACACAUCAAAAACUACAUAACCAAACUGAACAAUUUGCACAUAAAAACACAGAUACAAAAAAUUAAUAUCAAUAACAACAAAAACUCCUGAAUAAACUUUUCCCAAAAUACCCCAGUCCUUGCUGGGCAGCAGCAGCAGUUCUUAUGAAGCCUGUCAGCCCCCCCGCCCCCCCCCAGCCACAUGGAGAGAGGCAGGAAAAGGGCCUUCAGGUUCCCAGCAAGUCCAGGGAAGCUGCAGUGAUUUGGAUGCUGAGAGGAUGUCUCUGCCCCACCACACCAGCUGAUACUGGUGGUAAAAGGUAAAGGGACCCCUGACCAUUAGGUCCAGUCGUGACCGACUCUGGGGUUGCGGCGCUCAACUCGCUUUAUUGGCCGAGGGAGCCGGCGUACAGCUUCCGGGUCAUGUGGCCAGAAUGACUAAGCAGCUUCUGGCGAAUCAGAGCAGCGCACGGAAACGCUGUUUACCUUCCCGCCAGAGCGGUACCUAUUUAUCUACUUGCACUUUGACGUGCUUUCGAACUGCUAGGUUGGCAGGCGCAGGGUCCGGGGAACGGGAGCUCACCCCGUUGCGGGGAUUCGAACUGCCAACCUUCUGAUCAGCAAGUCCUAGGCUCUGUGGUUUAAGCCACAGCGCCACCCGCAUCCCGAUACUGGUGGUAUAUGAGCACAAAUGCAGCUACGAAGAGGAACAGGUCCUUACAAGGGGUUGCCCAGUGUGUGCAUAGGUUUGGCAUGAUGCAUUGUGGAAGCCUAGAAGUACAUGGGUGGAAAGCAGAAGCUAGCUGACAGUCCCAAAUGAGGAGGAAUAGAUAGCAAAUUGUUCCUCCACUGGUAUGGAUUAAUUGAGACCUGCAAUCUGGAGGGUCUUCAAAUGAAGCACAUGAGAACUUUGCAGGCAGCUAAUGGAUGCUCUGUAUUAUUCUGGCUUCUGUUGCUAUCUAAUUGCAAGCUUUAUGUUCUUUUAAACUGUGGGGGGUAUUGUUUUCAUAUUUGUUCAUUAUUACGUUAGGCAUUUUUGAGUUUUUAUAUGCCCUGAGAUCCUUGGGUGGUGUAGAAAAUGAAUGGAUGGAUGGAUGGAUAUGCAUUCUGUAUUUUUCAUCUUACCGUUUCCUCUGUCAUCCAGCCUGAAGGCAUCAAGAAGGAGGUGACCCAGAGCUCUCUGAUCUGCGUAAAAGGUAUGUGCUACAUGCAUAGAAUGAAAAUUCACUAUUUCCACAAUUGUUUUUAGACUUCGACAUCCAUUUGUUUGGUUUUACUUGGCAGGUGUAAAAUACAUAAUUGCACCAGCUGCCAAACAUGUUUGUUAUAGUAGAAUUUUCUGUUACAUUGUUGGCUGCCUUAAAUAUAUAUAUUAUUUUUUUAAAGGCAUUACAGAAAUACUGUAAAUAAAAAUAUCAAAUAUUGAUACCAUUAAUUCUUAGCUUCAAUUACUGUUUGAGAAUAAUAACCUGACCCACAGCAAUCCUGAGCCUUAAAUAGCAUUGUAUCCAAUGCAUUUAAAGCACUUUAACAGUCAUUAUUGUUUUAUUGUUACUUAUUAAAUUUCUAUACCGCCCUAUACCUGCAGGUCUCAGGGUGGUUCACAGGAUAAAAUCACAAUAUAAAAACACAAAAUACACAAUCAAAAUAAAAACAAGAACAACCCAAUAACUUUGGCUUCUCCCAAGGAGUCCUGGGAACUGUAGUUUAAGGGUGCUGGCCUCAAAGAGCUAGAAUUCCCAGCAUCCUUAACAAACGACUGUUUCCAGGAUUCUCCAUGACAGUUGAAGUGGUAUAAGAAUGUUUAAAAUGUAUAGUGUAGAUUAGACCUAAAUACUGAAGUCAAAUAUUCACUGGCUAUCCAAUUAUAAGUGGUGGGUAAAUUAAUUUCAGCUCCAUUACCACCAUUUGCCAGUUUCUUCACUUAAAAGCUAUGACAAUGGCUCCCAUGCUAUAUGAAGAAUGUUGAAAGAGGACCCACAUCGAGUCCCCAUUAUUUAUUGCUGUAAAUCCUUAGGUACACCAGUCUCUGAAACAAUAACCUUGAACUUGCCUUCAAAUCUGGUGAUUGGAUCAGAAAAAGCUUCACUUUAUGUCCUUGGUAAGUUCUCAGAAUGUUAUCAUACUUGAAAUCUUUCCUUGCUGUUUGCGCCUUGUGGAAGAUUGUUGUGACAUUUCAUAUUUGAUGCAUUUUUUCCCCCUGGUAUGGCAUUGCUCCAUCAAUAUACAGUCGUACCUUGGUUGUCGAAAGGAAUCCGUUCCGGAAGCCCGUUCAACUUCCGAAAACAUUCGACAACCAAGGCACGGCUUCUGAUUGGCUGCAGGAGCUUCCUGCACUCAAUUGGAAGUCGUGUAAGCCACGUCGGACAUUCGGGUUCCAAAGAACGUUCGCAAACCAGAACACUCACUUCCGAGUUUGCGGCGUUCAGGAGCCAAAACGGACGAGUACCGAGGCAUUUGACAACCAAGGUAUGACUGUAAUUGUGAGGUGUCUCCCCUAAGUCAUUGCUUGAUCUGAAACACAGCAGUCUUCAGCACCCCUGAGUGUGCAGAGAAAGGCAAAAGUUGCCGCUCAUUCUCCUUUGCCAUUCUAACAUCAAACCUCCUUCCCAACAUACACGUACCAAUUCCCUUCUUUACUCUGUGCUUAGCCUGGAGUUGUAUAUUUAUAAUGAACCAGGAAUUAAUUACAGACAUGAUAGUUGGCUGGGGUAAAGAUUUGGUUUGGACCCCAUUUUGGUGCUUCAGAAAAGAGCAAUGUUUAUCUUGUAGCCCUCGGGAGACCGUGAUUUGGCUCACUAGUAUUGUAGAGAUUUCUUCCCCUAAUGGUUACGCCUUUUUAAACUUUGACAGAAUUGGAUAAAAAUUGCAGAUAUUCUAGGUGGGGGAGAACUAGAGGGGAUUUGGUCCGUGCCCUGUGAGUUUGUGGACAAUCAUUUAUUAUGAAAACAGCAUCCAUUGUAGAGGUAACAAUCAGGGUGCCAAAUAUUGGAGACCAGCCCCACAUAAUUGAUCACAAUAUGCAGCUCACACACACCAUUUGAUUAGAAAUGCCCAUCAACUUUUGGGGGGCCCAGCCCCCUCAACUAUUUUAUGGGGUGGGGCUGAAGGGACCUCGGCCCUAAGGAGUUUGUGAGAGCCAGUGUGGUGUAGUGGUUAAGAGCGGUAGUGACCUGUGGGGGGUAACUGCUGGGUGACCUUGGGCUAGUCACACUUCUUUGAAGUCUCUCAGCCCCACUCACCUCACAGAGUGUUUGUUGUGGGGGAGGAGGAAGGGAAAGGAGAAUGUCAGCCGCUUUGAGACUCCUUCGGGUAGUGAUAAAGCAGGAUAUCAAAUCCAAACUCCUCCUCCUCUUCUUCUUCUUCUUCUUCUUCGUGACAUGCAGUGCAUAAAUGCCCAUAUUCUUUUGCUCCCAAGGUGACAUUCUGGGCACAGCCAUGAAGAACGCUGAAAAUCUUCUCCCAAUGCCCUACGGUUGUGCAGAACAGAAUAUUGCCAUGUUCUUGUCCCAUUUAUACAUUUUGUUCUACCUGACUGAUACAAAGCAGUUGACAGAAGAAAAAAAAUCCAGGAUCAUUCGAAAUUUAAAUGCUGGUGAGUACUUUCAAAACUGAAAACAUGGAUAUUUGUGAUGGCAUCUUCCAAGUCGCUCUUUCGUUUCAAUGGCUGCAACGUAGGCAGCCAUACAUGUUUAGGCACAUGAAGGUAUAGCACGAGCACAAAGAGGGCACUGGCAUGUUUUGUCAGGUUGUGCACAUUUCAUGCACACCUUUUGCAUAAAAUACAUGCUUUCCCAUGCAUUCGCCAGCACAAUAUGCAUUUUGUAUGCGUAUUUCAUAUACGAUAUGCGCAUUGUGUUGCAAAAUCUAGAGGAGUGCAUCAACCCAGUUGGAUGGGAGGAGUACAAAUACCGUAUUUUUUGCUCCAUGGGGCGCACCAGACCAUAGGGCACACCUAGUUUUUAGGGGGGGAAAUAAAGGAAAAAAAAUAUUUCUCCCCCCCAGCCCCAAAGAGCAAAGAAGCCAAGACAGCUGUCUUGGCUUCCUCUUUAGCCACGCACAACCUCUCCAGCCAGGAGAAGCUGCGCGCCGCUUUGUUUUUAGCCGCGGGGCUGGGGCGGGGGAAGCCCAAGCUUCCCCCGACCCCAGCCCCCAGAACAGGCUGCUAUCCACAAGCCUUCGGAACCCAGCGGGAACUCCUGCCGGGCUCCGAAGGCUUGUGGAUAGCUGCCUGAAACCUGGAGAGCAAGAGGGGUGGGUGCGCACCGACCCCUCUCGCUCUCCAGGCUUCAGCGAAAGCCUGCAUUCGCUCCAUAGGACGCACACACAUUUCCCCUUCAUUUUUGGAGGGGAAAAAGUGCGUCCUAUAGGGCAAAAAAUACGGUAAAUCAUCAUCACCACCAUCUCAUGGGGAGCUGCGUAACAAUUUGCUGGCAAGUUUGGGGCACAUCAGGUCAGUGCUCUGUGGAAAGCAGACUGAAUAGAUUUCCCCCCUAAAAUGCAGCAUUAAAACUUUCCUUCCUGGUGAAGGAGAAAUAAAACCAAUUUAGCAGCUCAGAUGAUAGAAUAAAACACAACUCAGACAUUGAGCCCAGGGGUUUUUAUUUGCUUUCACAGGCAUGGGUGAAUAGAAAUUUUCCACUUGACACAUAAUUAAAUACAUAAGGCACCAGGCAAGCCUCCCAAGGGAGCCUAUUCCAUAGCCAGGAUGCCACCACUGAGAAGGCCAUCUCUGCUCUUGCCAUCUUCCUCACUUGAAAUGUAUUUGACAGUUAAAGGGGGAAAGCACCUAAAAAAAUGGUUUGCUGUAUUUUUCUUCCACUUCAGGAUACCAGAGGCAGAUGCCAUUCAGACUCCCUGAUGGAUCCUUCAGUACUUUUGGAAGCAGGGAGGCAGAAGGAAACCUUUGGUAAGACCUGUGAAGUUGCUGUAAGGCCUCAAGCGGAAACAAGAUGGCAGUGCAUUGUUCCUUCAGACGUGGGGCUGAUGGGCUUCCAGGACCGAAUGUCUGAGGAAGGCACUGGGUUCCAACCUGGGGGCAUUUGGGGAGAUGAGUUCCUUCCUGCUGCUCCCACUGGUACAAGCAUCAUAGGUUUGUCCUCUUAGAUCAGAACAAGAGUCCAUUCAAUCCAGCUUCAACAGUUGGCCAGCCAUUUCAAGUGGGAAGCUCAUGAGCAGUGCAUGAAGUACUAGCCCCCCCCUUGUUUGCCCUCAGCAAGUGCUAGCUCUAAUCCACUGUUUCCCAAACUUGGGCCUCCAGCUGCUUUUGGACUACACUUCCCACCAUCCUUGACUGCUGAGUCCUGCUAGCUAGAGAUGAUGGGAGUUGUAGUCCAAAAACAGCCGAGACCCAAGUUUGGGAAACUCUGUUCUAAUCCAUUUGGGUCCAUUAGACUUUGGCUGGCUAUUAUUAUUAUUAUUAUUAUUAUUAUUAGAAUUUAUACAGGUGAAACUCAAAAAAUUAGAAAAUCAUUUAUUACAGUAAUUCAACUUAAAAGGUGAAACUAAUAUAUGAGAUAGACUCAUGACGUGCAAAGCGAGAUAUGUCAAGCCUUUAUUUGUUAUAAUUGUGAUGAUUAUGGCAUACAGCUGAUGAAAGCCCUAAAUUAGCAAUCUCAGUAAAUUAGAAUAUUAAAUGAAAUCAGCAAAACAAGGAUUGCAAAUAGAGCAAUACUGGACCUCUGAGAAGUAGAAGCAUGCAUAUGUACUCAGUACUUGGUUUGGGCCCCUUUUGCAUCAGUGACUGCAAAUAGCAAAUAAAGGCUUGACAUAUCUCGCUUUGCAUGACAUGAGUCUAUCUCAUAUAUUAGUUUCACCUUUUAAGUUGAAUUACUGAAAUAAAUGAACUUUUCCAUGAUAUUCUAAUUUUUCAAGUUUCACCUGUAUACCACCCUAUACCCAGGGGUCUCAGAGCAGUUCACAGAAUAAUAUCCAUUGAUUGAUCUAUUAUCUGUGACUGCUUAAUCUAGGAGUCGGCAAACUAAGGCCCGGGGGCCGGAUGUGGCCCACCGGGCUCGUUAAUCCAGCCCAUGAACCUUGCAGACCCUGCCACCCGCUUGGUCAGUCCCUGCGCUAAACCAGUACGGUGCACAGGCCUCACCGCGCAGGGACUGACUUCCGCUACGCUGGCAUGGCUUCGGAUUGGCUGCAGGAAGCUCCUGCAGCCAAUCCAAAGCCACGAACACCUCUGGGCGACACCUCUUCCUUCCUGCUGAGGUGGCCGCGUAUGGCCAAGAGCCGAGUGGGAGGAAGCAGUGGCGGCGGGGAGGCUGCCUCUGCCGCCCAGGCCAGUAGCAUGGGCUUUGUGCCCCACAGACUCCUGGCUGAGGCAGAGGAUGACGAUGACGACACUGCCGAAGACAAGGCGGUAUCAGCAGCUGCGGCAUGAGUGGCAGUGGGGGGGUCCUUUCGGGAGGGGGGGUGCUUUCAGGAGAGGGUGGGUCCGGCCCCCCACAAGGUCUGAGGGGCAGUGGACCGCCCCCCCGAAAAAGUUUGCUGACCCCUGGCUUAAUCCUUUAAAAAACAAAAAACAAACUCUGCUACCAGGGGUGACAACUGGAAUAAAAUAUUGUAAGCCUUACCAUGCAUAAUUGAUCACAUGAUGCUGUUCACGGGUACAAUUUGAAUGGCAAUGCCCUUCAACUUGGGGGGCUCUGCCUCCCCAAUAUUUUAAUGGGGGGGUGAAGACCCCUCAGCCCCUAGGAGUUGGCUUCUAUGUCUGCUAUAAAUCGGAAACGAUUCUUUCCCAUCCUUCCGCUGAGCUUUUCAUCAGCGCCUCUCCUGGGUUUAUCCUGCUUCCCUAAUUCCAGAUGGAUACAGUCCUUUGUGCAUAUUGAAGCAUUGGAAGUGGCGACUCUGGUCUUGACUUCUUCCUGCUUUGCCAAGUGCUGUUCUCAUCCCAGGCCCCUCUGCUCUUUGUCCUUUCAGGCUCACCACCUUAGUCUACAAAGCAUUUGGACAGAGCUCACCUGCUAUAUUUGUAGAUGAAACCAUCCUGAAUCAAGCACUCCUCUGGAUUUCAAGCAAACAGGGGCCAGAUGGCUGCUUCAAGUCGGAUGGGAAAAUCUACAACCAAGCCUUAGAGGUGGGAAUGGAUUAAUCGCUUUCCCACGGGAAGUUAUGGACAGUAUAAAUGGAAAUUGUUUGUGUGAGGGAUGUGAUUUUCAAUACGAUGGACUGAAACCCUCCUUGCCCCCAAUUUCCUGAAAAUAUGGGGGGGGCAAAGUAUGCUUUCUCACUGGGGAGGGGAGAAAAUUGUUGGAAUUUUGUGGGAGGGGUUUCACUUACCUUAUAGUGUGUUUCAUGGAAGUGCAGUCAGUAGGGAGCUCUGUAGAGAGCUCUGUGCUGCUCUGAGUUGCAUGGGUCUUUUCUCACUUGAAGAAAUAAGGGAAUAAAUAGAAAACUCUUGACCACCUUGAGAUACGUGGCAACCCCUUCUAAAACAAAUUCAAAUAAAUCUAUUAUCUCCACCCAAUGAACUUCUGGGAGGGUUUUGUUUGGCGCUCACUCACCCAAUGAAUGGGAAAAAGAAAUGUCCAGCACAGUUCUACUUUUAUCUGAAGAUUGCAGGACCAGGCAUCAAACUUUCCAUACCCCAACCCAUAUAAAUAAGAGACAAAUAAGACUGGUUUGGGGUCAAAACAGGCCACAACUUUAUUGAAUACCUAUGAAAGAGGUUUGGCUUGGGCAUGGGGCAAUCUAAGUAUCGUAUCUUUCGCUCUACAAGACGCACCAGACCAUAAGAGGCACCUAGUUUUUGGAGGAGGAAAACAAGAAAAAAAAUAUUCUGAAUCCCAGAAGCCAGAACAGCAAGAGGGAUCGCUGCGCAGUGAAAGCAGCGACCCCUCUUGCUGUUCUGUCUUCUGGGAUAGCUGCGCAGCCUGCAUUUGCUCCAUAAGACGCACACACAUUUCCCCUUACUUUUUAGGAGGGGAAAAAUGAGUCUUAUAGAGCAAAAAAUACGGUACUUCCGGCCCGCCCACCGGAUGUGACGUGUGGUCAACCCAGGCGGGGGUUCCUAAGACUUACAUCAAAUAGGGUGACUGCCAUUUGAGAGAGUGCCUUCGGUCCUGGCCCCCCUGGGCACACGGACAUGGCCACUCCCCCCCCCAAGAUCCCUUUAAUGGGAUACCCCAGCGUUUGGAGGGGCAGGCAGAGACUACAACCUCCCCUCCAUCCAAAACAAAGGAUUGCCCCAAUGCCCAAACGGUUGUGACGAUUGCUAUGAGGUAGGCAAAACCACUGGGUCAGAGCCAAUUAGCCCGGUGGGCAAAUUCCUACCUGGACCCAUAAAGAACAGCUACCACCGUAACCACAGCAAAGUCAUUGACUAGCAGCGUAAACCGUGGGUGGGUGGAGAAACCUGGUGCAGGAACAAACAGGCAGUGCCCAGGUAUGGGCUGCUUAAAUGGGCAGGGUGCAGCUCCGAGGGAAGCCCACCAUCGGCUCCAUCGGCUCCAUCGGCUCUGCCCCCUGGCCCAGCCCAGGUCCCAGCCUGCAUCCCCAUUUGCCAAAGCAGGGUGCAGGCUAGGAUCGGGUUCCUGAUAGGCAGCAGGGGCUUAUGCCCCCAUCGCCUAUCAGGAAGGGCACUGCAGUUUGAAUUCCUCUCUCGGGGCCCCAGUGAAGCCUCAUCCGUCCUGCAACGCUGUGGCACCAAAAGGGGUGAGCGGACUUGCAGACCAGAUUCAUACAAGUAGAAACAGUGCAAGUCUCUGCAUAGCUAUCUGGAAGAAUUAAAUCCCACUGAUGAGGACUCAUCCACAAUUCCAUGUGUGCCAUACCUAAAAAGCACAGGUCCAAGCUGUUUUUCCCUUGCCCUGCUCAUUUCCAAGGGAAAACUCACUUUUUAGCAAUAGAUCGGAAUGAAUGGCAAUCCAAGAGUGCUGAAGAGAAAGCAGCAGGACAAUAGGAAGUGUGGAGAAGUCCUUAGUUUAAGGGUAUUAAGUCUCAAGUAUGUAUCCUUACAGGGACGUGGGUGGCACUGUGGGUUAAACCACAGAGCCUAGGACUUGCCAAUCAGAAGGUCGGCGGUUCGAAUCCCCGCUAUGGGGUGAGCUCCCUGCGCCUGCCAACCUAGCAGUUCGAAAGCACGUCAAAGUGCAAGUAGAUAAAUAGGUACUCCUCCGGCGGGAAGGUAAACGGCGUUUCCGUGCACUGCUCUGGUUCUCCAGAAGUGGCUUAGUCAUGCUGGCCACAUGACCCGGAAGCUGUACGCCGGCUCCCUCGGCCAAUAAAGCAAGAUGAGCGCUGCAACCCCAGAGUCGGCCACAACUGGACCUAAUGGUCAGGAGUCCCUUUACCUUUAUCUUUAUGUAUACUUAGGACUGCAGGUUGAAUUUCAUUUCCAGGGAUUGUUGCAGGGAAGCAAAAUGAAAAGCCCAACAAAAUUUCUCUAGGGAGGGGACUUUGAGCUAUUACACCCCUGUUUUAACUGAUUUUUCCUUUGCAAAUAGGAUGGAGCAGAUCAAAACACCAUACUCACGGCCUAUAUUACUUCAUCUCUACUGGAGAGCAACCUCAAGAGCUCGGUACUGAUUUACUAUCACUCUAGUUUUCAUAGAUAUUUCUCAGGCAGUUCCGUUAAGAUGUGUUAAAACGCCAUGCUUGCAUUUCAGUUUCCAUACUCUUUCAUCUUAUUUAACGCCACCGGGAAAUCAGCAUCAAGUCAAUAUAGAAUCUCAGCCAACUCCAAGGAGAUGUAACAAACCUUUCUUUUCGACCUUCCCUUAUUAUCUGAAUUAACUAUAACAUAAUGUAAAGGGUGCUCCUUCAUCCAAAGUUCUAAUUAAUUGCAUUUUUUGCAUGUCUCCUUGAUCAUUCUUGAGUACUUGAAGUAAACAAAGAGCACAAUCCAAUGGGAACAAUAGAAUAGGGCAAUAAAACAGUAAAACGGUGAGAACAGCUGCCUCGCCUUGCCUCAGAGGCCAUCUUGAUAAUAUAUAACAAUCUCUCUUAAACCCUAGUAUCCUGUGGUGCGGGCUGGCCUCUCCUGCUUGGAUGCUGCUUCUGAUGGGCGUGUUAGGAGCACGUUCGAAAAUGCUCUCCUGGCCCAUACAUAUGGUUUAGCUGGCAACGCAGAAAAACAGAAACAUUUCUUGGACGUCUUGAUGACAUCUGCUACUAGAAAUGGUAAGUGGUGUACUGUUGUGAUUUGUGGCUUGCCUCCAUGAAAUUUGUCAUCUGGAACUGCUUGCAUGCACUUUUAGAUUUCCAGCAGUGGCACCACUUGAAUUUUGGUUGUUUACUUCAGCCAUGCCAUGGCAGUCCACCCAUUCAGGGACACUGCUUUAUCUCUGAAGUGUUGGAGGGUAUGCAACAGGCUGUAAUAAUUUGGUGGUUCAUAUUGUGGUGGCACUGCUUUGGUGGUACCCCAAGUGCGAGCGCAACCCAACAACUGACCAAGAAAUGAGUGUGCGCAAAAAUAAGCCAUGACUUUAUGACAAGCAGACCUAGGUGUCCCUAUUAAAAUUCAUUAUGUUAUGCCCACUUCUCAAAUCUGUGAAGGUCAUUUUGAAUCCAGAUUCUGUCUUCUGCGGCAUUAGCUCCCCCCACAGCUUGGCGUCAUCUGCAAAUUUGAUGAGCAUCCCCUCAAUUCCUUCAUCCAAAUUGUUUAUAAAUAUGCUGAACCACAACGGGCCCAGGACACAACCCUGUAGCACCCCACUUGUCACUUUUUCUCCAGGAUGUGGAGUUAUGUGUCGAGGACCCCUAAGAUACCCCUAAAUAAAACACGUUCACACAUCACUUUUGUUUUGGUUUUUGGCAUAAUUUUGGCCACAACUUUAUUGAAUUACAGUAAGUGAGUGGUUGCUUAGGCAUUGGUUAGCGACUAUCUGUACCCACUUGGAGGUAGAAUCAUAGAAUCAUAGAAUCAUAGAGUUGGAAGAGACCACAAGGGCCAUCGAGUCCAACCCCCUGCCAAGCAGGAAACACCAUCAGAGCACUCCUGACAUAUGGUUGUCAAGCCUCUGCUUAAAGGUAGGAACAGAACAGACAACCACACCCAUGCAGAAGUCAGUAAGGGUAAGCAAUUUUGGGGAGAGAAGAGCUGGGUGCCAGGCUCACACCUCUCCCCAAAUGCUCCCUGGGGCUCUUGCAUGGCCCUAGCCCUUUGUCAGGGAUACGGACGAAAGCAUGGUGAGCCCCUGGAUUCCUUUAACAGAAUACCCUUGCAGCAGCAGCAUUGGAGGGGCAGGCACAGCCAACCUCAUCCCCUCCACCAACCAAAAUAUUAACCAAUGCCUAACCGCAACUUACAAGUUGUAAUGAUUUGCUACGCAGUAGGCAAAACCCAAAUGGCCCCAGGCAAUCAGCCAAAUGGUAAAAUUCUUACCAGGCCCCUGCUCCAAAGCAGACGACCCCAUGACAGGCAUAGCAAGGUCAGCGCAAACAAACCCUAAAUAAAGGGAGGGUAGGCGGGUAAUCCAAUGUGCGCAGCGAAAAGAAGAAGCUCAACACUGUGCACAGGGACCUAUAUAGCACCCCCAUCAAUCAAAUAAAAUUGCAACGAUCAAUUUUCCCCAGCAACAAUGGAGGUGCCCAAUCAAAUCCGUGGCCAUCCAAACUAACCCACCCAGCAACAGGGGAUGUCAUGGUUGCUCCCACCGCAACACGCACUCUCCAUGAAGGAGAACCCACUCUACCAUUAAUGAGCACUCUUUGGGUUCAGUCAGUCAGCCAGCUACAAAUCUACCUAACAGUUGCCUCAUCCAGCCCACACUUUACCAGCUUCUCCACAGGAAUAUCAUGGGGUACUUUGUCAAAAGCCUUACUGAAAUCAAGAUACAUUACGUCCACAACUCCAGAACUGUUCAGCUGCCUGCACCUCACUUUGGCAGAUUAGAAAGAUAACUACUUCAAGGCAGUGAUUUCUCUUGCCCUUACCUUGUGGCACAUACAUGAGAAAAGAUUGGUUGCUGCGGAUCAAUAUGAAAGCCAGGAAGCUUGACAUGGAAGUACAUUGAUAACCACUGUUUCCCUAUAACUUAAUAGCCUCUUCUGCAUCUUCAGGUGGUCUGCUGUACUGGAAAAGGGAAAAGAGGCCUAGAGUAGAAGAUUUCCCUUCCUUCUACAUUCGUGCAUCAUCUCUUGAGAUUCUGAUGAACAGUUAUGUACUGCUGGCAUGGCUUAACCGACCAAACCUAUCCCAGGAGGACCUGACAAUCGGCUCACAGAUGGCGCGGUGGCUGGUCAGAAACCAAAAUUCUUUAGGAGGCUUCUCCUCCUCUCAGGUAAGUUAUACAUUAAUUGGGGACUGUAUGAAGAAGUACCUUCUGUUGUCUAUCCUGAAUUGAUUGUCAAGUCAGUUUAACUGAAUAAUCCUGAGUUUUAGGGACAUGAAAGAGGAAGGGAAACUUCUCUCUAUUCACCUUCUCCAUAUAUGUAUGAUUCUUUCCAGGACACUCCUGUGGCUCUCCUGGCUUUAUCUCGGUUUGGGAAUCUGACCUUCACAAAAGAUGCAGAAAAUACAGUGGAGAUCAGUGCUGGGGGAUCUUUUAAGAAGGUUUUCCAGGUGACGAGUAGCAACAGUGUCCUGCUGCAACAGGUUGAAUUGCCCAACAUCCCCGGAAACUACAGUGUGGAAGUGAAAGGUUCUGGGUGUGUCUACAUUCAGGUAAAUGGCAUCCCUAGCCCACAAGUGCCUCUGCUGCUUAGUCACAGAGCUAUUGUCAAUAAUAAAGUAGUUGCCCCCUGUUAUAUGUGCUAUACAUUAUUUUCUGUUUCAGACACCCCUGCAAUACAACAUCAUCUUCCCUACACAUGGCUCUGGAUUUGCUCUCACAGUGCGGACAAAAAAUGCUUCCUGCGCAAGCAACUUUCUGUCCAGAUUUGAUCUUGAACUGAAAGCCAGGUAAUGAAAAGACUGCAAAGUUAUGCCUAUCCCCUGUUGACAACUUUGCCAUGCAUUGCUGUAUAAAGCAAUAUAAGGCACUUUGGUUAUUCCUGGGGCCUUGCUGGAAAUCCAUUUGGUUUGUACAAGGGAGAAUAUAGGAGCAGCAGAUCUGCAUAUUAUUUGUUGGGGCAGAUUGGGAUUGGCAGGACUGCGUUUGCCAUAGCUCUGUUGACACAUGGAAGAGGUGCAGAAAUCAGCAUCCUAAAUUUGUCCAGGUUCCGUUUACAAACAAAAGCAAGUCUAGCUCCUCAGGUUGUGAAGAUGUGCUUGAUAGUACAUGAGUCUUGGGAGUCAGAGGGGAGGUGCUGAAAAAUAUCUCCCAUGCCUGUUAUAAUGCCCUUUCCUUUCUGCUAAUUCACAUAAUACUUUGGUUUUUAAAAAGGCAGAGUAAGUUAUGCCAAAGAAAUACAUUUGCAUAUUUUUAGAAACUUGAAUAAUUCUAAAGUCACUGCAGUCAUUCUUUCUUGUGGGAGAAUUUGAAUUACCUUGGAACAGGAUUCAGCAUUUUGUGUCUGAACCGUGGAAUCCAAAAAUGAGGAUCAAACUACACAUUACUUUAAUUGUGCAACAUCUGGAUAUUCAUUUUUUAAAUGUAAUUGCACACUUGGUGGGGGAUAGGUUAUUAUCAAGACUGCAGACAGUGAGGUGGUGUUCAACACUCUGCUCUCCAGCCUUGAUUCUAAGAAAAUCAUCCCUACUUCUGCUAUGCAGCUCAGAAAAAAGUUCCCAGUGGCAGCAGUGAGAAUUGUUGUUUGUUUUUUCUAUGCUACAUAACCACAUGCAGGUGGCAUUUUUUGUGGAAUUGCAACUGGGGAGUGCAAAGUUAAACCUUCCCUCUCUACAUGCUGAAGUCCUGGUGAUACUUCCUCCUUCACUGCCUAUAAUUAAAAGAAUAGAUGAUGAUAGAUAGAUAGAUAGAUAGAUAGAUAGAUAGAUAGAUAGAUAGAUGAUAGAUGAGAGAGAGAGAGAGAGAGAGAGAGAAAUGUCAACACAAUUAAAGCAAUGUAUUGUUUGGCCUUUAAUGAACUAUGUAAGACAGUGUGUACUAUAUCCUAAAAGAGCUCUUUGAAGUAUCUUCUCAGUUUGCUUUUGACUCAGUUUGCUCAGUCAGAAUACAAAAUGACACCCUUUUUUUUCUUGUUUCAAGAUACACUGGAGAGCGCAACGCAUCCAACAUGGCUAUCAUUGACAUCAAAAUGCUGUCUGGUUUUGUCCCUGUCUCAUCAUCCCUAGAGCAGGUAAGAUUUAGAAAAAAGUGAAUGAGGCACCCUAGGAGAAAAUGGCUGGAUGAAGUAAAAUAAUUGUUGUUUAGUCGUUUAGUCGUGUCCAACUCUUCGUGACCCCAUGGACCAGAGCACGCCAGGCACUCCUGUCUUCCACUGCCUCCUGCAGUUUAGUCAAACUCAUGCUGGUAGCUUCGAAAACACUGUCCCACCAUCUCGUCCUCUGUCAUCCCCUUCUCCUUGUGCCCUCCAUCUUUCCCAACAUCAGGGUCUUUUCCAGGGAGUCUUCUCUUCUCAUGAGGUGGUCAAAGUAUUGGAGCCUCAGCUUCAGGAUCUGUCCUUCCAGUGAGCACUCAGGGCUGAUUUCCUUCAGAAUGGAUAGGUUGGAUCUUCUUGCAGUCCAUGGGACUCUCAAGAGUCUCCUCCAGCACCAUAAUUCAAAAGCAUCAAUUCUUCAACCUUCUUUAUGGUCCAGCUCUCACUUCCAUAAAUGCCUGGCUUAAAAAGUGUCAUCGUAAAUGAUGUCAUAGGAAAUCCAUACAUUAAUCAGGCUAGUAAUCCUCCAGCCUUAGUUCAUCAUUUCUGAAGCUGCAGAGCAACAGGCCAAAGUCUGUUACCGCUUUCCAAGGCGCGAUCACUUUUCUUUUCACACAGAAGUGGCACUGGUAAAUCUGCAAUCUUGUUUGUUGCCUAUGGCACCCACCCAAAUACAUAGAGCGUCUGCAUGCCAGCAGCCACAGUAAAGUGCAGAACUGAAAAAGGAAGCCAUGAGCCAUGGGGCAGAGGCUCACAGCAAGAAGGUUUGAGAUUUCUGUAUGGAAUUGGUCCAAAAGGAAGAGCUUGCCAGGUUCAGUAAUGUUUGCAGAGUCUCUGGCUGUUUUUUAUGACCUGAUUGCUAUAAAUCUGCCUGAACUAUUCUUAUUCACUUUGUUAUGAUUCAUCCCUUUCCUGAAAGCAAAAGUAUCUUUCUCUCCUUGCUUUUAUUGUACAGCUCCUGGGCAAGGUGAUGCGUACCGAAACCAGAAAUGACCAUGUCUUCUUAUAUCUGGAGAGUGUAAGUUUGCCUGAAGUUGCAUCAUUACAACAAACCUGCAAAAGAUCUCCCUCUCAUAAACUGUCACUGAUAUUUUCUUUCUUCCUGUGCUCAGGUAUCAUCAAAGGAGAUUACCUUGACAUUAACUCUAGAAGAAUCCCAUCCUGUGUCCAAAAGCAAACCAGCUGCAGUUCGAAUGUUUGAUUAUUAUGAAACAGGUAGGAGACUUGCUCUCACAGUUUAGGUGUAUUUUGUGUACUUUGAUUUCAUAGUUCCCAGAAGCCCAUGUAGUUUCAUCACUAGAACUGCCAUAAAUUUUACUGCCGCUUCCUUCAACAAGUAUCCUAUAGGAAAUGAGUGUCCCAUGUUUGUGUUGAUAUUUCAAUUGUCUCUUCUAAAAUUGAAGCUAGUACUCUUUUCUGAAGGGACACGGGUGGCACUGUGGGUUAAACCACAGAGCCUAGGGCUUGCUGAUCAGAAGGUCGGCGGUUCGAAUCCCCGCAACGGGGUGAGCUUCCGUUGCUCUGUCCCAGCUCCUGCCAACCUAGCAGCUCGAAAGCACAUCAAAGUGCAAGUAGAUAAGUAGGUACCACUCCAGCGGGAAGGUAAACGGCGUUUCUGUGCGCUGCUCUGGUUCACCAGAAGCGGCUUAGUCAUGCUGGCCACAUGACCCAGAAGCUGUACGCCAGCUCCCUCGGCCAAUAAAGCGAGAUGAGCGCCGCAACCCCAGAGUCGGCCACGACUGGACCUAAUUGUCACGGGUCCCUUUACCUUUACCUUUACUCUUUUCUGAACACCUGAAAGAGAAAAUGUGGAUCCAUGCAACAUCUAAUGCUGUGCUCUCUCCUGUCCCUCCUAUAGAUAUAGCUGCCCAUAGUGAAUAUAACACACCAUGCCACCAAGAAUCAGCUUGAGCCCGAACAAAGAGGAAGGUAAGUCAAAGGAAGGGCUGCUAGCUAUGCAGGCGCUAAUAGAACAAAGAAAAGCAAAAAUUGCAAUGAUAAAGAAGAGCUAUUGUGGACAGUGGUGUAGCAUGGGUUGCCAGUGCCUGGGGCCAGGUAGAGAGGGUAGGUGGGAAACGGACAGAGUAUGCAUGCACAUCCAACUGCCUAACGGCAGCCACAUCACCCAAGAGAUCACAGCCACAGAGAUAAGAAUGAAGAGUUAUUCCAUUGUCUGGAGACGUCACUUCCUGAUUCUCAUGCAAAAGCCAUUUUCAAUGGAGCCCAGCAACGGAAACAUGCAGCUGUAUUGAAGAAGCAACAGGGGUUGAAAUUUUGCACCCCUAACAAUUCUGUGCCCAGGGCAACCGCCCCUGUGCCCCCCCCCCGCUAUGCCACUGGUGGUGGAUUAGAGUUGCCUCUUGCUUUGAGGCACUCCCAGCAAGGAUAAUUUUAUUUACCGUAGUUAGAUGAAUGUGUUUCCCACCAUUGCUCUGAAAAAUACAGUGUUCAGGGUGGCUUACAGCAUAUAAACUUUUCACCGUGCAAUAAAAACAAGGCCAAAAAAUAAGGAUAUGCAGACAGCGCAGUAGAGAAUAAAAAUUAAGGAGUACAGCUAGGUGUCUUGAUCCCUCUCCUUUUUAAUUCUUAUGUAGUUUAUUUUAUUUGUAUGUUUGUAUCUUAUGCCAGUCUGUAACCGUAAUAAAGUUUUUUGCUGCAUUUUUUCUACUACAGUAUUAUGGCCUUUUUUCCCUAUUGCUAGAUGUAUUCUACCACUGAAAUUGUGGAGUUUUUUAAAUAAUAAAAUGGCAUAUAGAUUGUAUGAAAUAAACAACUGCAACUUUUGCUAUUCCCCCUUAUAGAGGGUAGGAGAAAUGGCUCCAUGGCCCAUUUAAACACGUUGACGCAGCUAAGACUUAAAAUCACAUUUUCAACUUACUGAUUCCUAUGUCCAUUUCUUAAAUGUCAUUUUUUUAUUUCAGCAGGAAGAUCAGAAGCUAUAUCCCUGUGUCUGAUGUGGUUCAGAAAAAUCACCAUUCCAGAAAAUCUCCUGAAAAUAUUACAUUGGGUUGAAUUUUUUUUGGCUGGGAUCUCACUCCACAUCUUUCCGACUUUCAGAACUGUAUUUUGAAUGUCUCGUUUAUAGAAUAAAAUUAUUUCUAGUUGCUAUAACCAUUUGCAAAA